AUGUCCCCAGAUAUUGAUGAGAGAAUGAGCAGAUGCAGCAACACUGAGAUUGAAUUUUGUCCUACAAGGAAGAAUACCAUCCCAAAAGUCAGCUGCACGGAGAAUGAAAAAAUGAAGGCAAGGUCAUUCUGGCUGGCAAAAGGGCGAAGAGCCAGUUAGAUGCAGCAACCAGCUCCAUCCCAGGAAGAAAUCCAGUAAUGGAAGAUCAGUGCAAAGACCUGUUAAAAUCUCUCAUGCAGACAUUAACAAACAGAUCUUAGUGCUUUCCUUCAACUUGCUUUUCUUUGCACAUGUUGCCUUGUACAUUACUUUUUUUAAAGUCUGAGGGCAGGGUCUGCAGCUUAUUUCCAUUCUACGUUCAGCACCUGCCAGCAGAAUUGUUGCUUUCAGAGUCAACUAAGAAACAUCAUUGGUCUAGAAUGCAAGAUAAAAAUAUAAUCUUAUAACAGGGAGAGAGAUUCUGUUUUUCACACACACACAACACUACUUUUGUGAAUACCCCAAAGGUGCCCCUUUCACCAAAUACAUUCCAUACAACAAUCCUAGAAGAAAGCAAUGAAUAAGCUUUUACAUUUCAUAAGUCUGCCCUGCGAGAAUGAAGAAAUAUCUGUAAUAAAUGUGUUGACUUGCGGACUCUGAGCUACAAAAAGUGGAAGCCAACACAUAACCUGGUCCCAUGAAAACGUUCUCCUCAAGAGUAUUUUGGUAGUGCAAUCCCUUCAAGUGUAUAAUACCAACAGCGAAACUUUGGUGCUUGUUUGAGCAGCAAGACCUUAACCGCCAGAUUAUUGAUUUAUUACGUUUCUACCCCUUUUUUCUGCCAAGGAGCCCAGAGCAUGCAAUGCCCAUUGAUCCUUACAACCACCCUUACGAGGUAGGCGAGACUGAGAGACGAUGACUGGCCCAGGAUCACCCAGCAGACUUCAAGCCUGGGAGGGGGAUUUAAACCAAGAUUUCCCUGGUCACAGUCCAACAACGACACCUCAGUGACUCCUAGUGACUAACCUACAGAUUAGGGCAAGGCUUUCCUUUUGAGAAGUACUCUGAGCAUGUACGGAGCGCGCUCCAAAGCAACCACAAGCAGUAGGGCUCGGGGUCAGAUCCUCCACCCCCUAUGCUCUGGUGCUUUCCUUUCGGAAAGAAAAGAAGCAGCUAUAUUAUAGCUAUAGGCGCGAGAAGCAGCAGCAGCAGCAGCAGCAGGCGGCGACGGUACUUUAGAUAGACCUCGCCGCCCCUCCCAGCCUGCUCUACUACUACAGCCACCAUCCCGGGAAGGAGCGGCGCUGAAGGAAAACGAGGGCGCGGGCGAAGCCGACGAGUCCUUCUUCUCCCGCUUCCAGCGCCCCGCUUUGCCCGAGGAGACCGAGCGCUUUCCGCUGCCGUUUGUCUCCCGUCUCUUCCCGUUUGGCGCCGCGACAGCCCGCAUCUCUCAUAAUCCCCCCCCGGCGGAGACUCGACAAAGCACCGCCGAGCCAACCAGGCCUCUCUGACGCCCUCCUUGCUCUCCCUCAGAGGGCGCCUUCGCAGCGGCCGGGCGCCAAGAGGGGCAGAGGCAGGUAAAUGGGGGCGGGCGAGCGCGCGGGAGUUUCUGUCAGGCACUGCCGGGCUGAGGAAGAGGAGGAGGCCUAGUCGCUGUGGUCGAGGAGACAAGCAGGCAGGCGCCUCCUCCUCCUCUUCCAGCCUUCGCGUGAGGGCAGAGGGAGAAGGGGGUGUCGCACGAAGGCUGCCUCUCUCUUGUGGGUGUAGAAUAAAGGGGCGCCUCGUCUGAAGGGGGCACAGCAGCCAGGACGGUUCCGCGAGGGAAGCCGCAUGGAAAGGAAUGGCAGCGGCAUCGCCCUUCCCCACACGACCCCCUGUCAAACAGUAGGGGCGGCGGCAGCAGGAGGAGUAAAAAAUACAGUAUGUGUGUGGAGAGAGAGAGAUGAGAGAAGCUUUUCCCCACCUGUUUCGUAGGAAAGGUGGAGGGAGGAACCAUGCUCCCUUUUCUACAUGUAUUUCAUCUGAAGCGCCUUUUUGAUUUCGAGGGAGUUAACUUGAAAGCACAUUUAGAAUCGCAGCCUUUUUUUCUGGAUUACGUUUCAGUCAUUUGUAAGCGAAAAGUGCCUUUUCUUGAAGGUCCAGCAGUUGGGCAGGAAAGCAUGCUGCUUCUUUUAAGGAGCGGGGGCACUACUUAAACUGCUAAAUUCCACAGGGAUUUAUGAUGCUUAUUAUUCUUAAUUUCCAUUUAUAGACUGCUUACAACAUGAAGAUUGCAAGGCAGUACAAUAAAUAAGAAAAUACAUAAAGAAUAUGCAUUUACAUAAAUACCAUAGCAAUAUAAAUCAAGUCAGGAGAGCAUUACCAGGCAGUAUAAUGUAAGAUUUCAAUUACCAUAACAAACAUUAUUCAUACAACCACUCACCUAAUCUCACACAUCAUCUAUUCUAUAGAACCAGUACAAUCAUUCACUACCUAAAGUAUUAUCUCUGUCAUCGAACCAUUCAUAAAUAAACCACUAAUGCUCAAUAAUAUUACAACCCACACACAGGAGAUCCCUGCCAAGUACACACAUGUAAGAUACUCUCCCCAUUUCUGAAGCACUGUUGGUGGAGAAUUCCUACAGCUCAAUUCUAAAAGGUCCACUAAGGCUGUAUCCUAUACCCACUUUCUUGGGGGAAGGAAACACUGAACACAGUGGGAUUUCCCUUUGAGCAGACGUCUAUAGUAUUGUGCUCUGUGUGUGUGCUAUGUAGUUUUAUGUUAGAUUUAUGUACCACCUUUCAGUAGGCAUGUUCAUGGCACUAGCAAAAUUACAUCUGAGCAAUAAGAUUUUUCAUGAUGGAAACAAAUACAAUGUCUGCUGCUUAAAUACACAGUUAGGCGUACUUCAAGAUAUUCAAGUUUUCUGUAAGCAUUAGCAUUUUUCAUUGUAUCCAAACAUAGAAGAGCUAAGCAUACUCUCCUCAAGCAGGACAUGAGUAAACUUGACUAAUAAAAGAAUUUCAUGAACUUUUUUUAAAGGAGCAAUGCACCACAAACUCUGGAGCAAAUGAGAGGACACAUUAAAUACAUGUAUGCAUUUAGCAUGAUUUGUUUUUACUUUACAAAUAACAAUUGUUGGAGAAGAGUGGAGGUCAGGAUCGGGACCACAACACUCAGGAGGGAUAGUCCUUUCCCACUGUGCAAUUGAUUCUGAUGAAAAUCUCUCACACACACUGUUCCCAAGCUGCUAUUGACACCAAAUAAAAAGCAAAUAUAUCAAAUGCACAUUCACAUUUACCAUACCAUCUCAUUUUGUCCUUGAAAGCUAAGCAUCUUUUAGUGGCAGUUGAAUUCCAUAAUUUGUUUCUAGAUUAAAUCCUUGUGGAUUAUGGGCCUCACCGGUUGGAGGAGUAUGGUAUGGUUGGUAUGGUAUGGGUAUGGGAGUUUACAGAGUCUACCAGAGGUUAACUAGAGGCCUGACUCUUACUGACUGUGCCAGGUGUUUAGCCUUGAAACACUGAAAAAUGAUGAUAUUUCAUUAUGUAACGUUUUGUUUUUGUCAAUCAUAGUUGACAAAUUUGACAAUGGGGACUAGAAAUCUAACUAGUCAUGGUUUAAUAUAGUUUAAUACUUCAGGAAAAACCUUGACUCAAAGCAACAGUCAGAGGGAGAACAUGUUGCUGCAGAGCAAAGCCACAAUUGUUCUAAAGCAACAUAUUUCACCUGUCAGAAAUACAUUCCUGUAAGCAGUCCUAUGGGACUGCUUAUGUGAAUGAAGAACUGAAGUUUCCUUUUAGCUUUGCAAUCAGGUAAAGAUUUUACACUGAGUUACCUCUUCAGGUAUUGAAAACUUGAACAUGGUGAUGAUGCCGGGGAUGUGGUUAUGGGGCAUGAUGGAAAUUCAGCUGCACCCUGCAUCUGUUCAAGGAAUCUGCAUAGAUAGCAGAAGUAUUUGUUCAAAUUAUUUGGACCUUUGCAAAAAAACAAAACAAAAACAACCAAGAAUAUGACUGUCAUUAAUAUGACUGUUCUGUUAAUGGGAAUAAAAUAGAGAAUAAACUUUACUUUCCUCAGAUCCAUUGUAAAUUCAGAGAUGGAGCAGGGGAGGAAAGUGGGGAAAGGAGGGCUAAACAGAUUUCACAGGAACAAAACCACUCCCGCUGAUUUUGGUAGCAAUACUGUGCAGAAGGUACACAUGAGGAAAUGAAUGGGAGCAAAAUGCAGUAACUAAUAAAAGUUAGCAUAAAGUACUCUGAUAAAACACAGGAUAAAAGAUCAUAAGUAGUGGCAUCAAUACAAGUGGGUCUGAGUAGUAAGUGCAUUGUGAAGAGUCAAGAAGCGAUUAAUAUGGAUAAAACAUCAGCUAAUGUGGAUUGACCCAUAACUUUGUACAUCAGAAUAAAAUGUAAGCUUCUCUUUCUCUGAAAGAACUGGUGAAAAAACACAGAAUACAGAAACAUAAUAAAGUAUGCUAUUUUUAUUUGAUUCUAACAGAUAUACAGUUCAAAGAACCAGAGUUAAGAUGACUAGCCAAGGUCAGGGUGACAUGCUUCGUUGCUGGAAGUGUCGAAAAUACGUAGCUAAUUCUGAUUGCCUCAUAAACGACCAAACUACAGAUUUGGUCUUUGAAGUAAGUAAAAAAUAUAUUGUUUCUUCUAGGCCAUUACUAGAAUAUGUAUUUAUAAUUUAGGAGUCCUGGAAUUAACAUGUUCAAAAUUGCACAGUUUAUAUACUACUGAAUUAAGAAGAACUGGGUUAUGGAUAUUCACCCAUUGGACAAUUUAAACCAUUUGUUUAUCAAAUGGAGCAUUAUUGGUAUUUUUAGUAUUCUGAAGUACUCUUUCAUAUUUGUAUUGUAUUGUAUUGUAGAUGUCAUAUAUGCCCAGUGCAGAAAACAGGGAAGUAAAUCACAAUACCGGUUUUGUGCUGUUGUACUGGAUCUGUGUUCUCCAUAGCCAUGAGUUACUUUGUAGAGAGUGUGUUCAACUUUACAAAUUUUCUACAACUCUGCAGCUCAAACUAGUGUAGUAAGUAUUUAUUUUGAUUUGUAGUUAUAAUUCAGUGCUAUUAACUUGCUAACCCUAAAAUUUUAGGAAAGCAAAAAUAUUAAAGAUAUCCGCAAUGCUAAAUUGCCUAAUCUGUAUGAUUUAUAAGGAUAGUUUAGAGAGAUUCACCAUUGCAGCAGGGAGCAGAACAAGGGCUCGCAAGGUUAAACUUCUGAAAAGUAUAAAUAAGCUUAAACUUGUAAUAACUGUUUCGACUGCACAGGAAGAUGAAUAAAGGAUCAGUAGGCACCAGAAUUAUUACAUUAUUUUACAGUCAGAAAGGAAUCUGUUUGGCACAGACCUUUUAGGUGAUGGGGUGCUUUUCACUGUGAUAAAAUAAUUUCAACAACUAUUAUUGUUAUUGCUAUUGGUAACCCAGCACACUUAAAUCCUAUUGAAAUCAAUGUAAAUUAAGAGCACAGGUUUCUUUUGAAUGCACCUAUUCUCUUUAACAGUGCUGUUUUCUGUUCAGUUGCUUUCACAAUUACUUAGAAGUGCUAUGGAAAUCCGUCAGAUUAGUUUACAAAUAAUUGUGGCAUUGGUCCAUUGCUCAAGCCCGCUUCCUCUACAGCCUAUCAUUUCUCAACCCAUUAAAGAAUCUCAGAUAGGGGAACUAGGAAAGAGGCCUUGGAGAGCUGAUACUAGAUUGAAUGGGCAGGCCUGGGCUCGAUGGACCGAUGGUCUGAGACCAGGCAUCUCCAAACUCAGCCCUCUAGAUGUUUUGGGACUACCAUUCCCAUCAUCCCUAACUAACAGGACUAGUGGUCAGGGAUGAUGGGAAUUGUAGUCCCAAAACAUCUGGAGGGCUGAGUUUGGGGAUGCCUUGUCUGAGACAGUUUCAGGCAGCUUCAUAAAUUGUUAAUAUAUCAUCAUAAUUCACUAGCUAAGGAAAUCAUUUUCAUUAAAAAAUGGGAAGUUUAAAUCUUGUCUUAAAAAAAACAAAAUACAAAAUGCAUUUGUGCAGUUGCUGUCAUUUUGCAGCAUCAGUUAAUUAUCAAGCAGUGGUUUCCACUAGCUCCCCUGCUGAUGUCUUUUAUAAUGCUGGUUCAGAGAAGAGCAAAGUAAAAGUGCACCAUGCUGAUUCUUCAUCCGCAAUGUAAUGCUGUGUUUGCCAGGAAAGAAAAUAACAUCAUUUUUUUCAGUUUUGUAUUUCUAACUUAAACAUAGACUAUUGGGAGCAGCUUUAUUCUUAAUCUGGAUUAUGAAACUGGAUGAUACAUGCAGAAAAAGAAAUUCACAUUAUUUUCCUUUCCUUAUAUAGCAACCCUUUAAAAAUUUCCACCUCUUAAUGAUUUGAAAUAAUCUGUAAGGAGAAUCUGGAUGGUGUUUUUGUAUCUGCUUCUAGCUUAACUGUAGUGUCUCCUACACAUUCUUCAGAUGUUAUAACAUGAUUCAGCAUAACAGGGCUAGGCAAGCAACCCAAUGCACUAUAACAUGGUUAAUAAAGACAAACAGAUGUCAAAAGUUUUGCAUCCAUCCUACCUUGCAACCCAGUGCAAGAACAGGCAAUAUGUGGCUUGUGAAUUAUCUGUACUUUUUACAGCUUUUUAUGUGAGUAGCAGGAUAUUUUUAGGAUUCCAGUUUUGACAGUGUCAAAAGCCAUCUAUUUCUCUUGUUUGACCAGUUUCAGCUAAGAAAUAAGCCUUCAAAUUCAUCAAGCUUCUCCAGUCAAAAGAACAGGUCUGCUUCCUACACUUGUUAUAACCAAGGCUUUGUGCAGUGCAUGAUUUUUUCCACAAUAUGUUAUCAGGCACAGAAUUCAGUACCUCAAGUUUCUCAGGCUUAGUCUUUUUUAAAAGCAAGUGAUUGGCCCUCAUGAUAGUGAAGAUGUGCUUGAAAGUGUGAACGAGAAUCUGGUGAACUCUCAGAAGCUUUCUGAAAGCAGCUGAUGGGUGGAAGAGGUAGUUUUAUUGGCCUGCAUAGUUUAAAAGGGCUUUUCUACACACACACAAACAGAACGGGCAUUAUUUUGUAGUACAUACGUUUUUAAAUAUAGAGUGUACAUAACACUUAGGUCCUUCCAUCUCCUUCCAGUCAUCUGACUGGCCACAAAAGCACCAGGCUAUGAUGCAGUGGUCCCUCUAAAAGCAGCAAACGAUAAUAAUGUGUCUUAAAGGUGUUUAUUCAUAAAGGUGAGAUUAUUUUUACACAAUAUUAUAAUUUACUAUCAAUGCUUUUAAAGUCUUCAGUACCAUCCAACUUUUAUGUUACAUUAGAAGGAUUUUUUUUAAGCAAUUCUCAAACAUCUCGUGCUGGAUGGGUAAUAGAUAUCUGAUAUCUCACAAGUUUAUUCUCUGUGACUUUUUUCAAAUUAAAAAGAAAUGUGUACCUUGAUAUGGCUGUGGAGAAAUGGAGGAGAAGAGGCUCAGUAAGACUUGUCCAGAAAUACAACACCUACACAUAUGCACACAUCCCUCCAAAGAAAGUACAGUACUCUAUAAUUUAUCUGCAUAUUCUGUCACUUGCUGGGUAGACUAUGCCUGCAGUAGUAAGCUUAGAGGAAACUGCUUCCCCACCACCACACACACACGAAGCACAUUAUGCCCUUGCUGCAUGGUCUACUUGCUAUCCUAACUAAAGCAUGCAUGCACUGCAGAGGGCAGAGCUAGAAAGUAAGACUGCCAUCAGGACUAUCUGAUAUGCACACGUUGAUCUGCUUUGCAGAGAGAGGGGUAGGUGGACUUUUAAAAGGAUGUUUAUUUGUCCAUUACACCUUUCUUGUCUGACAAGGAGCCUAUAUACAUUAAGAGGGUGUGAAGAGGAAAAGACGCUGAGCUCCAGUGAACAGAUCACAGUGCAUUCAAGUUGGGUUUCAAAGAAAAUGCGCACAUCUCUAAAUAUGUAUCCAACUAUGCUACGACUGGACCUAAUGCAUCCUAUAAGUCAAUAUAUAUUCCACUUGCCAGAGGGAUAAAGAGAGGGGGGUCUUUUCUCGCAUUUGCAGAAGUCUGGAUAAGAUAAGAAACAGCAGGGCAGAGUCACUGUGAGCCAGGUGGAACAGUAUCUGCAUUUAUGUCAAGUCUUUUGUUCUUUCCAAAGGGUUUGCAAGAUGUGGCUUCCUCCCACUGUCCCUGCAGUUUGGAGAAGAGAAGAAACAGCAGGAGAGAGUCCACUGAUUUCUUUCCUUCUCCACACUGCAGGACAAAUCAGAUAACUCUCCCAGAAACAGUCUGCAAAUGAUAGAAGAUUUGGUGUUCAGUGGGAAAGAAGGAAAGUUGAUAGCAAAUACUGUCAGAGGCUGGUUAACAAGCCAGAUUGAGGUUUAAGGACAUGUAUGAAACUCACAGUAGACUCAGUUUGGACAUUUGACCGUCAGUAAAGUUUUAGUCACGUUACCAGUCAAAUAUUUUAAACUAUGAGCUUCAUUAGAACAAGAAAAAAGAUACUUUAAUUGCCUGCAGGUUUCAUGCUUUUGAUAAUAACAAAAAAAAAUUGUGGCAUUGUAAUGUUUCUCAGUAACAGUUAUAUAUAAUGACUUACUGUAACUUUUAAUAUAUUUAGGUAAGGUUUCUAUAAAUGUGAAUAAUUUACCAAACAUCUAGAACGCCAGGGUCAAGCACCUGACAAGCCAUGUUGAAGAUUCAUUUCUGACUGCAUUUAUGUAGCAAUGGGGCCAGACAUCUUUUUUUCAUGCAUUGCCCCUGUGAGGUGCAAAAUAUCUCCAUAUACCAUACCCCAUGGAGGCAUAUGCAGUCCAAUUUCAACCUGGAUCACAUUUCUGUUCUUUGUAGCUGCUCUAAGUAACUAACACUCUAAAUUGAUUUUGUGUGGCAGGGUGGUAUUGUUUUGGUUUGUUACUAUUGUAUGUAUUUUUGUGUUUUUAUAUUAUAAACCAUCCUGUGAUCCUCUGAUGAAGGGCAGUAUAGAAAUUUAAGAAAUAAAAUAAAUAAUAAAAUAAACCUGUAAAGAAGAAGAGAUGAAAAUGCAACCACACCACCUUGAAAACUUGUUGUAAGUGCCUUACACACAGAGAGAGAGAAAAACAGAUUUAAGGGACAUACUUUACACCCAAAUUGGCAUGAAUCCGGUUGCACCCUAUCUGUCCAUUAUUAAGAUCCUGGAGGGCUUCUGCUAACCAGAGCAAACAUUACUGUGCCAGAUGGACAAAUAGUCUAACCUAGUAUAAGGCACCUAUUAUCAUUUACUCACAUUCAAGUGGGUUAAGUUAGGGCUGAACUUUGUUUGGUAAACAUCAUAACUAAACAGGGAUUCCCAUCACAAUAUUAGCUCCCUUCCUCCCCUUCACCAGACUUUUCAAGCAACUUAUUUAUACCACUGGUAAGAAAGAAACUGGAGAUUAAGCAAAUAAUACAGAGUGUUAAAGCUUUUUUCUUCUGCUUAAUAUUUUAGGACUUACAUUGGAGACAGGGCUUAGCUACACCCUAAAAUUUCAUUUUCAUAUGCUGCAGUGAAUUCAGCCUUGGGAGUGCAACUGUUGGCACUAAAUUGUGAUUAUUUAGAGUGCACUUGAUAAAGCUUUUAGUAGCAUUUAAAUGUCAUACUGCAGUAUAGCCAUAAGAUAAAUUAAAAUAUUUUUCAUUACUUUUCUUGUUUUUUCCUACUUUCUUUUUGUUACUGCCAUAGUAAAAUAAAGCCAAGGCUCCAAUAAUCAUAUGUUUUAAAGCCAAGUAUUCUUCACAAUAUUAUUUUCAGUAUAAAAAUUUGCCCUGCUCAAAGAACAAAAUUAAAAUUAGAUAAGUUUAUGUUUGGAAAAUAACAACAAAAAAUUAUGGGGGGAAAUGGAAUUUAAAGUACCCCAGUGAUUGUACAAAUGUUAUUCAAUAAGUAGGUUUUCUCAGAAUUAAACAUGACCCCAUUCAUUUAAAUUGUGUUAGUUUUAAACAUUUUUUUUUCUUAUUCUUGCAACCCUUUUAUAGUUUAGAAACUAAUGCCAUUAUCUUUAAACUGGUUAAACAAGACUGAUUAAACUGAAACACGUUUUUAUUACAUUAGUAACAAUGAGACUAAACUGGCUUGGGUCUAUAAUUUGUCAGUUCAACUGCUUUCGGAAUUGGGGCACGUAUCUGUAACCCUAAACCUUUCAAUUUUCUGAUGAAAUGCUGUAUUUAUUUGAAACAAUUUAUUUGCUAUUUUCUGUUUACACAUUGCACAAUGCCUAUUUUCAAAGAAAGAAAACGGCACCAUUUAUUUAAACAAUUGCACAACUUGCUUUUAUCCGCCAUUGUUUCCUAAAUGUAUAGUGUAUUCUUGGAAAAGCUUAGUGUCUUAUAAUACUGAUUGCAUAAAUACCAUCAUAACAAUGUAUUUAUAAAAUUUCAUAAUUGAUAUAUUAAUAAAGGUUUAACAAUAAUCUGUCGGGAAAGAAUCCAACCACAAGAUUUGAAACAAUUUCCUAAACUUUUUCACUAUAUUCUUGAGAAAAUCCUCAUUUUCUAAGAUUGUUAGGAGACGUCAGCUGUGUUCCAUCAUCUUUGCAGCUAGGCCAUUACAGUAGAAACCUUCUCUAGACAGCGGUCUUAUCUUGCUGGUCUGUCUCUUUAUUGCAGGAUUAACAAUACGUGUUUUAACACUAUCAAAUAUUUAUUGCCUUUUAGGGCAAGCCCUCAAAAGGUAACUUAUAAUAAAAACAUCAGAACUGCAUACUUGUAUUUCAUGACUUAAUUGUAAAACACUGAAAUGCACCCUGCAUCAUAGUUGGAGAAGGAGAAGCAAAGGUGCUAGGUAUAGACCACUUGUUCAACCUGGUUGAAAGGGAAAUAGGUUGAUGGGGCACUAAUUAGAAGGAGAGCUGGCAUGAAGGACACAUUUGCCUGAAGGCAAGGAGGAAGGAAUAAAGAAUGCGGGAAAUGGAUACAAAGGAAUUGGUUCAUGGCACUGGAAGUGGAAAUAUCAAUGAUAGGUAUUUUAAAAUAGAAAGUAGGUCAGAAUGUUAUUAAUAUAUUGAAUCUUAAUUCAACAGGAACCUCACGCUUCUACUGCCUCUCAGGAUAUCUGUAAUGUAUGGCACAUGAACAUAGAAGCACUUCCAGAUUGGGUGACUCGUAUAAUAGAAAAUGUAUGUUCAUUUUACUUAUCUCACAUAACUUUUUAUAAUUCUAUGCAAUAUUCUAUAUAAAGUAAACAAUAUCUAGGUCUUUAUAAAGGGCCUUAGAAGUACAGUUAUAUCAUUACAUAUUUUAUAGUUAUUUAAGUAGGUAAAUGCCUUUUCAAAUGCUUAUAAUAAACAAGUCAUUGUGUCAACUCUGCUCUUGCCAUAUUUAGUAUGCAUAUCAACACAUCCAAAGUUUCUGUAAAAUUGUAAUACAUAAUGCUAUUCCCACACUUCAUUUGGUGUCAUAAGUCGUGAAACUUCAGUAAGAUUUCAACAGAUGUAAAUGGGCUCUUCUGCUAAAAGACUGAUUUUGAUUUAUUGCAAUGAUAACACCAUGGCCCCUUUGAAAGAUGGAUAGAAGUAUGACUACUUUUGCAACAUACAAACAUAGAUUGUAUAGAAUACAUUUAUAAAAAGCACAAUGACUUGUUAAUAAUUUUAUAUUCGUUAGAAUCAUGGUACUAUUUAUAUAUCCAUAUAUUACAUUGUAGCAUAGUUUCAAGCACUUUUUUCUUUUCUUUUGACUUUUCUCCACAUUUUUCACUCUACUGAAAUUUUUCAAUAAACUAUAUAUUAACAAAAAGAUUUGAACAGACUGACUUCUGCAUAGGAUUGUAGUUUACAAGACUGUUCAAAGGUUACCCUUACCCUCCCCCUCAAAGUUCCAUGUUAAAUAUAUGCCUUACUUAGUAUAAAACUAAGGUCUCAGAGUAUUUAGGAAUAUCAAAUAACCCUUUGAAAUGAUUACAUUGCUACACUGCAUUUUUUCAGUCAUAAAACAAAUGUUUACAUGCUUUUCUGCUCUGUUUGAAAAAAGAUUUAUGUCUUAUCUUCUGGAUUACAAAUAAUUAAUUGUUUGUUUCCCUCCACAUUAUGCUCAGGCACAGUGGACAACGGGAAAGCUGAACUGCCCAUUCUGUGGGGCCCGCCUGGGGGGGUUUAAUUUCGUCAAUAAUACAAAAUGCUCCUGUGGCCAAUUUACAAACAUCCAUCUUUGCAAGAGGCGAACUGACUACCAAACAGUUAGUUCAGUUACAUCAGCAAUAUCGCCACUGAAGCACUUGUCUUUUUGUAAAGUUCAUUCCGACUUUAACAACGAAAUAUGGCAGAGUGUGACAGGUGGAUCUUUGGAAGACAGAAAUCAAAGACUUCCAUGUGUAGCCAAAAAUAACAGUGGCAUUGGACGAUUAAUGGAGGCACUUUGCCUAGAGGUAAGAUCAACCAACUUUGAGAUGAACAGUAAAAAAAUACACUUCAAAGUGUCUAAUCCAAAAACAAGUAUUUCAGCUUCACUGGCUGUGAAUGACAAAUACACUGUAAAAGCUUUUCAUAGAAAAUCACAGAGUUUAGACAUGAACUUCAGAGAGAAGCUUGUUUUGCUGCCUACUUUAUAUGGAACUUCCACAGCUAAGAGACCUGUUUUCUCCAGGCAACAUGAAGCACAGCCUUUUUACACAAAGGUUUGCUUACAAUUAAAGUCCAGCAGAACACAUAAUUUUUUUCAUUUCCCACUUAAAUCAGAUGCUGGUGAGCUUCCAAACAGUUUUUCAGUUACUUCUUAUGGUGCAUUUGCACAAGAAGAGGCAGAGUUUAAUCAUGGUUUAAAAGCUUCCAAACAGUAUCUUGAGAGCACUACUGCUGACCAGCAGCUGUUCCUGUCUUCAUCAGAGAGCACUACAGAAGAAGAUACUGUGCAGAAGCACAUCACACCUCUUGGUCUUCUUCAGCCUUUCACAACUAUUGAUCAAAAGUUGAGCAAGAGAAAAAGGAACCGAUUGAACAGUUUGAGGAGAAAGAAGAGGUGGCCAGAGAGGUGGCCUCAGAAGCAGGUAUGUACAAUAAAAUAGAGAUUGUAAUCAUACCAAAUGUUAUCAUGUUAGAGACAGCAGCCUCUAAGUGGGAGUAAUGGCUGCAGCCAUGAUAUAUAUCAGUUCAUAUAUCUUACUAAGCUAUAGUUAGCAUCAGUCAUGGUUUACAAACCUACUUCAAACUGUUCUAUUUGGGGGGUGCAGACAAUUGCAAACCAUGGUUUGUUGAUUCAGACAUAACAUCAAACCAUAGUUCAUUACCUAUACUUCACACAAUGUCUGAAUGGACCUAUUGGCUAAAGGACAAAAAUAUGUACAAACAUUUCCUGUUCUUAUGAAAAACACUAGUAGAUCAUACCAAAAAUGUAGAAAAGAAACUAUGUCUAUGUACAUUUUAAUUAUUUUUUUCUUGCACCCAAAACUUGUAUCAGUAUAAAGAACAAGUCCUUCAUCAUGAGCAUUCACUUAAAAUCCAAACAGAAAGGAAGUCUUUCAAUAAUCUCUUGUUUCUAAUCAAAAUGUGAGCUCCCUUCCUGUAAUGUAGUUCUUCUACCUGACAAACUACAAAUACAAAUUCUCUUCUAUAAAAGGUGAAAAGACUGCUUAUUCUAUUCUUAAAACUUUUGUGCUCAUGUUUGAAAUUAGCUCCUCUUCAGUUUUCUUUGCAGCUUUCUACUUCCUACAGUCAGUGUGAGGUUUUUCACUAUAGCUAAGCCAUAUACACAAGUAAACAUGUGCAUUAAAAUAUUACAGGUUAUUUGAGUCAUGUGCACAGCUGCAUAAACAUCAUUUUGAGCUUUCACAUUACAUGACUACAUAAAAUUUCCCAUUAUGAAAUUCUCUCUUGUUAAUAAUAAUAAUUUAUUUGUACCCUGCCCAUCUGACUGGGUUGUUCCAGUCACUCAGGGUGGCUUCCAACAUAUAUAAAGACGUAAUAAAACAUUAAAAAGCUUCCCUAUACAGGGCUGCUAUCAUUGUUAUCAUUUAUCAUGUUAUUUUCACCCUGUAUGAAUCCAAGAAUUAUGUUUAUAAAUAUUUCCAUAUAUUUUAUAGUUAAUACAAUAUAUUAAUAUUGUUCUCUCAGACAAUAGGGUGUACUUUCCUAUAUUGUGUUAAGUCAGCAUGCACCCACGUACCAAAACAUUACAAUUCAAGUUCAUUAAAAUUCUAUAUUUCUAUUUUAAUGUAAUUCCACACAGCAUAAUGUAUCGUUCCACCGGAACUAUAGUAUUGUGUUUUUGCUGCUAAUCUGCCUGUAUAAGGGGACUCCCCAGUAAGUAUGCAAUAAUAGAAGUGUGGUUUUUUUAACAGCAGGGGGCACCAAAUUUCCUCUAGCUACGAAACAAUGGUAACUAAACUUUUAUGAACAAGCAUUGCAUGGUAUAGGAUGGUGUAUUUUGUUUGUAGAAUGUUUUAUAGAUUAAAAACAGUAACACUGCUAACAUCUGGUGAUUAUAGGUUUUAAGCAUAAUAGUGAUACCUGUUGCCACUGCUGCAGCUCAGAGUCUGCCAACAUUUCUGUAAUAAGCUGGUUCUUGUGGCUGAUUUUAUUAUAUAUCCAUUCCAAAAUUGCCUUUGUUAAAAGCUUGUGAUAAAUGGCUGCAAUCAACAACAACAACAUAGAUUUAUUGCAUUAGCCGAGUGGCCAUAGCAUGAUAUACAUUGAAAUAACAACAUAAAAUGAGGGUGGGGAGGUAGAGGUAGAUAUCGUCCUGGGCGAAUACUUAAAAAAAGUGAAAAAAAAAAAAAACUGCUGAGGCUGGAGGAGGACCGUUGAAGGGUCCUUCAGCUCCUCAGAUUAGUCCUAACUCGAUUGUCCUUGUACAAUAAGGCUACUUGGAACUUCGUUCGGUUGUGCGGCGUAUCGACUGCAGCUGUGGUGUUAAGGAAGAAGUUAGUGCCGCUUUCCUCUUCAUCACACUAAGCAGGAAGUUAGCUGUCAUCUCGGUAAUCCAACAAUCAGAAUCCUGCAAAAAGAGGGACACUAUCCAAGGCUGGAUUGGGAGAUGGAACUUAUUCACGAGGGGAGUUAAAAACCGAGAUCUUUCAUCUGUCCAGUUGGGACAGAAGAGCAUUACAUGUUCCAUAGUCUCCAGGGCCGUGUCAUUACAGGAGCAUGUUCUGUUUGCGAUGGGAACUCUGGAAUAACGACCCGACAGAACUGCUGUAGGGAAACAGUUGAGACGGGCACAGGUAAAGGCCCUUCGCUUAGUCUCCGAAGAAAUUGUGAAGCAGUAUAGAGGGAUCCCUUCAGGGGGUGGAAUAGCUAGGGCUAGGCCUGAACACGGUCCUCUUGCACAAGAAGCUGUGUUGGAGAAGUCAAGUUGCUGUAGUUUCUUUUUAAUUAGGGGUAGGGCCACCGGGCUGAUACACUCUAAGUUAAGAACAGUUUUACAAUUCAAAUUGAGAAGAGAGCGGAAUUUGAGGUUAAUUGUAGUUUUCCAAGGGGAAUUAUGAAUAUCUCUUAGGAUCAGAUUGGAAAAGCCACCUCUAAUUCGAGCAUCCGAUGCUAAUAGGUGGAAGGUGUAGGAAAUGGCUCGACUCCAUGCUCGUCUAACAAUUGAAGGCUGGGCGAACUUGAGUCGUAGGGCUGCACCUGAGACACAUCUCGGGACGCCGGAAAGAGAUCUCAGAAACAUAUGAAGUGGGCGAUCCAGGUUACCUGAUAUUGCUGUAGUCCAUACUUCGCAUCCAUAUAAUAAUUUAGGGACGACUUUGGCAUUAAAUAUUUGAAUUGCUGCUGGAAGGUGUUUGCCGCCCUUCUGGUGGUAAAAUCGGACAAUGGCGUUAGAGGUCGUGGUUGCAGCGAGAAAGGCAGAUUGUAGAUGGGUGGUCCAGGAGAGAUUAUAGGUGAAUAUUAAUCCUAGAUAUUUAAAGGCUUUUACCUUUUCUAAGUAGCCACCUGUGAUCUUAAGCGGCUCCAACUUGAGUUUGCGGGAACGAGUGAAGUGGAGGACUUUCGAUUUUUAUAAUUAAUAUUAAGAGCUUCCGCCUUACAAUAGGCGAUAAUUGCAUUAACUGCAUUUGCUAGGUCCGCAACUGUUCUGGAUAAGAUGACGGCAUCAUCAGCAUAGAAAAGGGAAGCAACGGGGUGGCCUGCUAAGUGAGGAGGAUACUUAGAUGCUAGCUUCAAAGUGGAAAUUGCAUCAUGAAGAUAGAGAUUAAACAGUAAAGGGGCCAAGAGACAACCUUGUCGGACGCCCUUGGCCGUUGGAAAUGGAGUAGUGAGGGAGCCGUUAGGACCAGUUCGGACGCGAGCUGUGGUGUUUGAAUAAAGGGAGAUAAUUAGGGAGAGGAGGUGCGGAUCAAUUCCCAGAUGGGCAAGUUUGGACCAUAAUCUCUGCCUAGGAAUGGAAUCAAAGGCGGCCUCCAGGUCCAUGAAAGCGGCAAAUAGGUGGCCUUGCCUUGGAGCAGUGUAUUUACUGGCAAGGUGAUAGAGAGUUAGACAAUGGUCCAUGGUUGACGCUGACUUUCGGAAACCAAUCUGUUCUAGCGGUAGAAUGUUCCUCUCCUGGACCCAUGAGAGAAGUUCCUCCAGUAAAACAGCGGCAAAUAUUUCCCCGGGAUGGAUAAUAAGCUGAUGGGGCGAUAGUUCCUAGGGAUGUUUGGCUGGCCGCCUUUGAAGAUCGGAACUAUUAUAGCUUCUCUCCAGGAGUCAGGGAUGUCUAGGGCGGAGGAGAUAGCGGUGAAUACAGGAGUCAGGUGUUCGCUCCACCAAAGAGGAUCAGUCAGGAAAAGGUCCAACGGGACCAUGUCUGGGCCGGGGCCUUAUUCCUUUGCAUUGACAUUAUGAUGUUGAAAAUGCGAGUUGAGGUAAAGUUUAUUGAAGAAGUGGGACUAAGAGAGCAGGAACUGAGGUCCGACGGGGAUUGAAGGAGAUCUGUAAGAUGGUUUGGAGAAGCGAAACUAGUUGAAUAAUAGGCAAUCCAUUCAUCAGCGGAAAUCUGGGUAGCUGGAUUGAAUGGUGCCGAAGGUCUAACUAGGCGCCAGAAGGAGCGGGAGUCAUGCCUCUCUACAGCCGAACGAAGAGUGGACCAAGCCUCAAGGAUGUGCUGCUGUUUCUUGCAAUGAAUCAUGUUUCUAUAUGUCCUUUUAAUAUCUAUGAGCUUUGCACGGGUUUGGGGGUCGUUGGAAGAUUUGAUGAUUCUGACCAUUUUCCUAAUUCGCCUUCUUAGGGCUUUACAUUCCUUGUCAAACCAGGGCGAUUCAGAGAAGAGGCGUUGGUAAGUAAGCGAGGUGGUGGUUAUGUAAGUUGUUGAGAAAGCAUCAAGUAAUUUCCGGUAUUGGUCAGCGGGCAGGAUUGGAUCAGAGGGAACUGCAGACAUAUCAAAUGAUUUUUGUAUGUCCAGGGCAAGAGAGGAGCUGAGGCUUGUCCAUUUCUUUGUUUUGUAUACAGGGUGGCUUUGUACCAUGGUUCUAUAGUUUGAGGGGACUGGAAGUGGCUCUAUUAGGUUUAACAUUAGAGUCAAUGGAAGGUGGUCACCACCAAAAUAUUCAGCCACUUCCAUUUUUGUAGAAAUUGAGAAUAGCUCCGGCGUCAAUAAAAUGUAGUCGACAACACUGGUUCCCGGGAAGUGAUGCACGUUAAUUGCUGCGAGGACAAGGGAGUAAUGUUACCAUUUGCGAUGCAGAGAUCGUUUUCCAUGGCCAGUUGGGCCAUCAGCCUCCCGACGCAUUUGUUAUAGGAUCAAGAGAGCAUCUGUUUCCCAGGGGGGCUGCAGGGGAUUGUCCAGGAGUGCUGCGGGAGAUAUUAUAUCAUCGUCGUUGGGACCUAUUCUUGCAUUAAAGUCGCCUAAGAGGAUUUGAGGGAGUCCUGGGUUAGUUGUUUGAAGAUCAUGAAGCCAAGACGAAAGUUCAGACCACCUUUCAUUGCGGUCGAAAUCAUUAAUUGCUGGGGGCAGAUAUACUGUAGUUAUCAACCAUGGGCUUUUGGUCUUUGGGAGAUGAAUCUUUAUGGUGAGAAAGUAAGGGGAAGAUUUAAUUUCCUCGCAAAUAGUGAGGGAUAAGCUGGUUGAAAUAAGACAGGCGAGGCCAACUUGGGGGCGACCCCUGUUGGUUAGUUUACGAGCACAGGAGCUAAAGGAGCAAUAAUUUGGGAGAACAAUACUUUGUUGGGACCAGGUCUCUUGGAGGCAUACAAUGUCGAAAGAAGAGAUGAAAUUCAUUGCUUCAGGAUCCAUUUGCUUUGUCGCCCAGCCGUUAACAUUCCAGGAGACAAUUUUAAGGCUCUGGGGUGGGUUGGGUGCGUCUUUCAAGGAAACAACUGCUUUUGCUUGAUUUGUGAGUGAGGGUUGAGUCUGUUCAUAUCUAGUGAUGUCGGAUUUCCGCGGAGAUAGGGAGCCGGCUGGUGUUUGUCUCUGGUCUGAUCUUUGUCAAUUAUUUCCCAAGGUGCUUUUAGGGAUUACUUUUUUAUGAGCCGGCCCAUUGCUCUCCAUACAUGGCAAACUAGCCAAAUGUUCUAUAGUUUCGGCUGUUGACUGUUGAAUACUGACAUUAGUGGUCACCGGGCCUUUGAAGUGUGUUAUCAAUCUGUGUGCCAAAGAACUGUUCUUCUGCCUCUUAAAAACUGGUACCAUUUGAGUUGAAAAUAUUUUUAGGAAGAGCAAGAAUAAUUUUUGUAACAAUUCAUAAAUUAUUACUGGAAAAGAAACACUGUGAAUGAUAAAAAGUGAAAAUAUUUUCUUGAACUUUCUUUUUGUUUAAAAGUUGGGGAGAAAAAAAAAUAAUGGACAACUGAAUAUGUGAUAUAGUUUUUUAAAAUAUUACUGUUACAGUACAAGGAGCUCUUCACACUGAAUCUUUUUUUUAAAUGACAUUAAUUCUUUCCAAACAUUUGAGUCAUUGUCAUAAAGUAAAAUUAUAUGCAAGACAUUAAUUGUCACUUAUCAAACAAGAGUUUUGUUUAGCUUGUAAUAUGAUGGUGGCUAGUAUCCUGGUGAUUCAUCUAAGUUAAUCAAAAGAAAAUAUAGGUAAAAUGUCUAUUUACUGAAACACUCAUUGGUUUUGAGAUAUUAGUUUCAUUUUUAUUUUUGCCAUUGCCUUAGUUACUUGAAGAGGGUGCUUGAGAAGGCAGUAGUGGCCCAGUUUCAGGCAUGUUUGGGGGAAAACUGAUUACCUGGAUCUAUUUUAGUCUUGUUUGAAGCCCAAGCCUAAUUCUAGGUGCUCCCAGUAACAUUUAAAGCCCUAAAUGACUUAUGCGCCAAAUAUCUGAAAUAUUGGCUCCAUCUUCAUAGUUCUGCCUAUGGAACUGAUGGCCCAGAAGAGGACUUUCACUGUGGCAGCCCCUAAAGUGUAGAACUUUCUCCCAUCUAGCACUCUCAUUGUAUAGCUUUCACCAUAUGCUGAAGACAUGCCUCUUUAUACUGGUGUUGUGUUCUGGCUGGAACGGUCGUAUUUAUUUUAAUAAUUCAAUAUUAUAUUAUUGUACAAUAUUGCAUUGUAUACCACCCUGGGACCUUCUAGUGAAAACAAACAAACAAACAAAUAAGGGCACAGACAUAUUAGCAUCUACCCUUCCCAUUUGUUGAAUGCUUUUUCUAAUUCCAGACCAUGCAAAUACUCUGUUGUGCAUUUGUAAUAACACAGGGGUGCCAUGUCCAACACUGGCCUCUGUCCCUCUUUCCUUCUCUGAUGCCCUUCCACAGCUCGUGCCUCCCAAAAGCUUGCAUAGCUGUUUGCUGCAGCAGCCCUGGCUACAAGCUCCAUAGGCAAAUUGUGCCCCUGGGGCUGGUCAGAAGUGCUGGUUGCAAGCAAGCAAGCGGGCAAGGGAGCCCAGUCAGCCAGUCUGCCAGCCCUUGGGAAUGGACAGACAAGUCCCAGGCCUCUGUUGGGUAGUGUGAGGUGGCUCCUCUCUUUGGGGGGGGGGCAUCUCAGAAACUAGGGGCGGCAGCAACAGCUGCCCGGAGGACUCCCAAAGAGAAGGGAAUGGAGAGGAGGCUAACGCAACACUCCAAAAAGGAGGGUGUUCAAAAAAGGGUGAGAGGCUGCCAACUCUGCAGGCAAGGGGUAACAUAACUGAGCUCCUGAGCCCAUAGGGGUGCCACAGAAAAAAUGUAGUUGGUCAAGGGAGCUGUGAACUCAAAAAGGCUGAAAACCGCUGCCCUAACACAAUAUUAUUGAUCCAGCCCAGUCCUGCAUUUGAUCACUGGCAUUUUAAUUUUCUAUAAACUACUAUGAUCUUGAAGGAUAUAUAUGUCAGUAACGUAGUAUUUACGCGUGAGGUUUUCCUGAUGAGAGGAGGAGGAGACUCAGGUAUUGUAAUUACUGUGGUCAAUGUUUGAAAUUUUUAAAAGGGAUAAAAAUGUAUGUCCCAGCUUCCACACAGACUGGAUCAGACUCUACUGCUUUCAGGUGUGCGGGUGGGUGGGUGGGUGAGAGAGAGAGAGAGAGAGAGAGAGAGAGAGAGAGAGAGAGAAUUCAACUAUUUACCUUCAUUUGGAAUGUGUUUCUUUAAAAAGAAAUUAAUGGUAGCUUUUUUGACCAAAGCAAAUAAGUGAUACAAAUUAUGGGUGAUAGCCAACUAAAUUAUCCUCAGAGUACACUUAUUAAAAUGAGUGGUCUGAAUUUCAUUAAUAUCAAAGGAUUUCUUCUAAGUAUGACUAAUCUUAGAUAGAAUAAUAGAAAUGCAAAGUUGGAACAGACCCCGAGGAUCAUCUAGUCCAACCCUCUGCAAUGCAGGAAUCCUGCUCACAGUAGUCCCUGGGCAAACCUGAACCACCAACCUUCUAGUUAACAGCCAGACACACUGAAUCAUUUUGCCAAUGUGUGUCCAUAUCACACUUUAUUUUAUGGGACAGAAGGUUCACAAACAAUGGAAUUAUUCAGCAAAAAUAAUAAUUCGGGGGUAACUGAAAUAACUGUAAAGAAAAACUGAAAGAAAAAAUUAUAAAGUGUAUAAUUUAUAAUGGAUUAAGAGUUAAUUUGAGGCUCCUUUUCACCUGGCCCUGUGAAGUCACCAAAAAUUUCAGACUAAGCAUAUACAGUAUUUAUAUUUGUAAUACAUACCAACUAGCCUGGAUACACACAAGCUGCAUCACCAUUUUUAGAAUGGAAGGACUUUCUACUCCUACCUAAGAUUGUUGGGACAGUAUGAAGGUGUUUUUAAGGCUACUCAACAACCUUAGUGCUUGGCAGAGCACACCUCACCCCUCAUUUCCCCUCUGUCUUCCAAUUCUUUGGCCAUUAUUAGAAAACACAGGGCUUUUCCACUUGACCUAUUUAUUGAACAUUCACCCUGAUCUACUUGAACAAAGCUUACAUGGAGGUUAGAUUAUAUCCGGUCUUUGUUGAGCAUUCAUUCCAAUUUGUUUGUGGGGCUAGUUAUCCUUCAUUCAUUCUGAUUGUUUGCAUUGUGUUCAUCCCACAGUUUUCAAAGCAUUUCAUCAUCACUUUCCAAAGAGCACUUUAAUCCGCUUUAAUUGUGCAAAACUAAGUUUAUUACAGAGGGACACGGGUGGCGCUGUGGGUUAAACCACAGAGCCUAGGGCUUGCCGAUCAGAAGGUCACGGUUCAAAUCCCCGCGACGGGGUGAGCUCCCGUUGCUUGGUCCCUACUCCUGCCAACCUAGCAGUUCGAAAGCACGUCAAAGUGCAAAUAGCUAAAUAGGUACCGCUCUGGCGGGAAGGUAAACGGCAUUUCCGUGUGCUGCUCUGGUUUGCCAGAAGAGGCUUAGUCAUGCUGGUCACAUGACCCGGAAGCUAUAUGCCGGCUCCCUCGGCCAAUAAAGCGAGAUGAGCGCCGCAACCCUAGAGUCAGUCAUGACUGGACGUAAUGGUCAGGGGUCCCUUUACCUUUAAGUUUAUUACAACAUACAAUUGAAUCCCUUCUGCAAAAUAGUGUCAGUCUGGAGACACCCUCAAAAGGCCACUGAGAAGUGGCAAGUUGCCCAUGGGGGGGGUGCAGAUUGAAGACUUGUUUUAGUAGUCUAUGGAACUUAGCCCCUAUCUCAGAAACUAAGAAAGUAGGAGUGCACAUUGGCUGAGCCCAUGGCAAAACAAAGGAGGUUUGGAGAAGAGGAGGACCAGAUUCCAUAUCCAGGACUUGGAUUCCAUAUUGUUUUCUAAAGUCUUAGUAGACAACAUCUACAUUCUUUGCAGUUUUCGGUGCAACCAGGAGGUUAAAUGUUAGUGAAAACUUGCAUUCAAAAUGUACUGAUGGAGCUAUAGGUUAUGACUCAGAAUCCUCCUCAUGGGGCACUCCCACAUUAAUUUUUCUUUUAAUUUCAUUUCUUUUUCAUUCCAUUUUAAGUAGAAUCAAGCUAGUAUGGCAUUUUCCACACCUUUGAGAAUUUAAUGUAUUUAUAUCCACUGUAAUUACAUCCACACCAGUGGGUGGUGCACUGCUGCUAUAUCCUUAUUCUGUAUUUGCACAGACUCUCCUGUUUUUAUAGACUUCCCACCCACUUCCUUUUUCACCUCACUGAGCAUGUGCACAAGGAACAGCAGGAUUUUUUUCAGUUGUUUUUUUAAUUGUCAGCCUCCAGGAAGAGCAGCUUGUUGUAGAAUCAUACUAAGUUCUUUUCUUCAGUUGUUUGCUUAGUUUGCUCCUUCAAAAAGCCUGACAUUUCUACCAUUAAUGAGAGCAGUAAUAUUGACAACAUCUGUCAUUUGUGACAGCCUACAAUUUUGAUUCCCUCUGCAUCUAAGGAGAAGCAGGAUAUGCUUGUUACUUUAGACACCAAACAGUGGUACCUCGGGUUAAGAACUUAAUUCUUUCCAGAGAUCCGUUCUUAACCUGAAACACCACUUUAGCUAAUGGGGCCUCCUGCUGCCGCCACACCGCCGGAGCACGAUUUCUGUUCUCAUCCUGAAGCAAAGUUCUUAACCCAAGGUACUAUUUCUGGGUUAGCAGAGUCUGGAACGUGAAGCAUAUGCAACCUGAAGCAUCUGUAACCCAAGGUACCACUCUACUAGACUUCAUCAUACUUACCUGCUUUUUUCCAGUUAGAUAAAAUCUGCAUAAUUUGGAGAUGGAGGGAAAUUAGGGCAUGUUCAAAUACAGCUUGGCAUUGUGUGGAUACACCCCUAAAAAUGAAUACUGCAAAUAUGAAAUGAAUGCUUGGUGUGGACGCACCAGGAAAAGCAAAAAUCCACAAAGACAGGAGAGAGAUGGAGAGCACAGGACUCCUGCACCUUUAAUAACUGUUCAGAAAUCCCCUCUUCUAUACAACUAUUAAAGGUACAGGAUCCCUGCCUUCUUUUUCGUCGGACCAUCCUACAUUUAUUUGCUAGGGUGCCCUAGGGUGUACUAAGUUGCAAAAGCCAUCUACUGCUCCAAAAGGCUUCCAAACUUAGUGUAAGCCAAAAACAUACGGAUGCAAUCCAGAAGGCAACAUUCAUCAUCAGUAGGCAAUGGGAUUGACAUACCAGCUCAAUUAAUCUGUUAAAAAGGAACAAAAGAGAGUGGAGGCAGAGUAAGUGGCAUUUAUUAUGCAAGAACACCAAAUCAGAUGCUGAGUGCUGCCUUCACUCAAAGAGCAAUUUUCUCCUGGCCCUUGAGCAGGAGGGAAGUUUUGGAAAGAAAGAGAUAGCCAAGGAAAUCAGCUGACAUGGACAAUGCCAGAGGUUUGCCUAAGGGUCUCCUCAGAAUCUCAGGGGAGGAUGAGAUGCAGCUGGCUCCGGAUCCAAUACAAGGUCACAAGAGAAGCAGCUGCAGCACACAGGCUGCCUCACCAUCCGUUGACAUUUCGAGGGAUCCUGAGAUUCAACUCUCGGCUCCUAGGAAUGAAAAUAGAUAUUUGUUACAUAAGUAUGCUUACAAAAUGUUGUUUAUUCCAGAUUUAGUCCCAAGAAACCUGAAAUUAGAAGGGAGUUUUUGUGUGUCAUUGCAGAAAAUCUGUUGAAGCAGCAAUGCAAGUCAAACUGUUACAGGGGAAGUGUAAUCAUUGAUUUUAGACUAGUGUCUCUUAAAAUUCUGUACAUGCAUUUCCAGCACAAUCCUCUAUGUGUCUGCUAAAAAGUAGAUCCCAUUGAAUACAAUAGGGAUUAAACCUUAAACUGAAAUUCCAGAUAGAAAUUCCAGAUAGAUAGAUAGAUAGAUACAUACAUACAUAAAUGCCUAGAAGUUCCAUUGUAUUCAAUGGGACUUGCUUCUGAUUAGACAUGUAUAGAAAUGCACUGUCAGCCUGUAAUCCUGACACCUAGCAAGCAGUGGCGAGGCUUCAUAGAGUGCUGAAUCCACAGACCUGGCACUUGUAGUGGCCAAAACGGGGGGGGGGGGUCAUCCAAAACUUCUCCAGCCCACUAGAUUGGGUUUCAGUUGCUCUGGCAGAUCUGUAGAUACCAGACUUAAUAAAUAUAGCCUAUUGCAUCAUUUUACCUCAACUUGGAAUAUAAAACUCUUUAUCUGAGUUGAGUAGUUGUGAAAUGAGCUUUAUAAUGGCUAAAGAAUUAUUACCUCACAGCAAUCUGUUUCAGUUUCUCCCAAUUUUUCAUUUUACCAAUUUUCAGUUCCCCCCAUUUCUGUAUCAGUUUUUGAUUUUUGUAAAAGUCCUCAUGAAAAUUCAUCAGCGAGUCUCCUAAUGCACAUUUGCUUGUAUGCAAUUGUGCCUAAUAGAUUAAUUUUAAUAUACAUUUUUGCAUGUUAUUUUCACUAAUUAUGCAUUUUUAUGCACCGUUUAGCCUGGUAAACUCAUUUAUGGAGCAGGGGGUGCUGUGGUCUAAACCACUGAGCCUCUCAGGCUUGCUGAUCAGAAAGUUGGCAGUUUGAAUCCAUGCAAUGGGGUAAGCUCCCGUUGCUCUGUCCCAGCUUCUGCCAACAUAGCAGAAUGUGGUGUUAAUAUAUGAUAGAGGCCUCACUUGCUCUUUUAAAAUAAGAGAUUUGUCUAACAAGUUAACUGUAAUUAUUGUCCUUCAUUAACUUUAUAUUGCAUGUUAUAUUUUGUUUAUUCAGAAUUAUUUUUCGACUCUCAAAAGCUGCUCCCAUUUUUUCUAUAUAUGUUUGUUUUCCUCUAAAUGGUGGCUUAUGGAAGCAUGCAGCCCAUGACAGUGUCUCUUAUUAAAACGACAAGGGAUGCACAAUUAGUACAUUUCCCUACCAAACAGUGAUAGUGGGUCCUGCUGUACAGAUAAUUACAACGGUGCCAUAAUUGCAGUUACAGGAAUUCAUGCAACUGGAAGUAACACAGUUGGCAGGAAAGCAGUCCUGAUUACUGCCAUGCUGUUCCCAAAUUCAUUUUAUGUUAAGCUUAUUAUCUCGCUUUGAUUUCCUAGGACAAAAAGAUAAAAUUAUUUGCUUCAAAGCAAGAAAAUGUUUUUAUUUCUUCUUCAUUAGAAAGGGGGUUAGGAAAUGUAAUAAAUUCUACGUAAGUUUUUUGAAUAAGAAUAAUUUGAUUUGAACAAGUUAUAUAAAGAAUGUAUAGGGUAUUUUUUACAAAUGUAUAACACAUUUGUUUCAUUACAUAUUUUAAAUAAAAAACAAGGAAUUUACAAGUAUUGUGGUUUAUGUUGUCACUAUGCAACAUUUUUGAUGUGCUUUCUGCAUCAUAAAGGCAUCAAUCACACUUCAUCGUCUAUUGUAAUCACUACUUCUACUUCAAUAUUCUGUGUGGCUAAUGCGCUAAGUCAUUCUUGUAACAUUUGAGAAUACAAAUACGUUUUUAUACUCCAUUUUCUUUGGCUGUGCAAUAGGUUGCUGCUGUGCAGAGAAAAUUCUGAGUGGUAUGUCCAUUUAUGGAAAGACGUCUUGUAGUUUGUCUCUCAUCAUUGCACACAUUUUCAAGAUGCUUUUAUGUCCUUCUGCCAUACUUAAUAAAUAAUUUCUGAAGUGGCUGCAUUCAUUAAUGAAUGAUCCUGCCAAGUCAUCCUGAUAGUAAUAUUGCAAAUCUUUUGUGUGUAUCUGCGCUUCUAAUUGUUCCAUUUCUGGCAUUUUAAUAGGAUCACAAACUUUGAAGAAUUAAGGUUCUUAUAUGCUAACUGGUCUCUCCAGUUUUGAGAUGAACCUAUCAAUUAUCACAUUUAUAUAUGUUAAUUUUGAAGCUUUCGUGUGCAUUAAAUUUUGUUUCAGUUUUAUGUGAUUCCUAACUCUGAAGUUUCUUUUUCUGCUGCUGUUUAUUGGACAUAUCAUCAGAGUUGCUCAAACCUGGCUUUUCCAUAGCAGCUGGUUCAAAAAAUUCAAACGUAUCACCAGCAUCUUUCAUAUACAAUGUCAAUGAAUUCUACAGCUCUGCCACAGUACUAAUGUUGAUGUCAGCAGAUUGAAACUUCUUGCUAUGUUGAAUCAGUCCAAAAUGUGUCCCACAUUUGUGCCAUUAGUGCUGUCUCCAAGGACUCCAGUUUAUUAAACAAUCCUGUACCUUUACUGCGAGUUAAGGGUUUCUCUUAUUUAUAGCAGAUCAUCAUGUAAUACUGCAAUAAUUUGGUUCCAGUUUUGAUUAAGCUGUGACAAGCUUCAUUUAAAGAUGACUGAGUGCCAGACAUGUUUUUUUAGAGAAACAUUUCUGGAUAUUGUCAAGUGUGAUUCUAAUACCUCCCACUGAUGAGUAGAUGAUGAGAAAAAUACAUAUAAGUUUUUGAAGUAGGCCAAGGAAUCCAAUACAGUGGUGCCUCGGGUUACAUAUGCUUCAGGUUACAUACGCUUCAGGUUACAGACUCCGCUAACCCAGAAAUAUUACCUCAGGUUAAGAACUUUGCUUCAGGAUGAGAACAGAAAUUGUGCUCCGGCGGCGCGGCGGCAGCAGGAGGCCCCAUUAGCUAAAGUGGUGCUUCAGGUUAAAAACAGUUUCAGGUUAAGAACGGACCUCCGGAACAAAUUAAGUACGUAACCAGAUGUACCACUGUAGCUUAUUUGCAUUUUCAAUAGCUUAUGUGCAUUCUGCUGCACAUACCCCGAUUAGGUUCAGUGAGUGAGCACGGCAUUGCAUGAAAACAUUGAGGUUUAUUCUCACUAGAAGACCCUUGUACAAUCCAGGCAUUUUGCUUGUAGUGUUGUAUGAUUGCCCUCUACAGUAUUCAAUAUUUAUAUGUCUUAAGUGUGCUAAAAACUGCAUCAGCCAGCUGUUCUGAUUUAUGGCCAGGAUUAGGGAGAAAACAAAUAAAACACUCUACAGGCUGUUCAUUUUCGUUCACAUAUCAAAUUAUCAAAGAAAGCUGGUCAACAUGACUUAUGUCAGGCAUUUAUACUUGUUUUAAAAAUGCUUUGCAGAAUAUGUUUAUUCUGUAAUGUGAUUCAAAACUUUAUCUUCCGUGUUGUUGAUUACUUAUCUAUUUCAACUUAAGAACCUUGCCUGGGGUUCCAUAUUUUGAUACGUGCUUUACUAAAAAUAGAUCAAAUUCAGCUGUGACCAUAAUAAAGUUUCCAUUAUGAAUAGAUCCAAAGCAAUUUGUGCUUCCUCUGAAAGACAGUCCUCAAAAUGUUAAAGCUUUGACUACAGCUACAACUCUUCUAAGAACACACCUCCGAUACUUGACUUUUUCAUCAAUCUGCCCUUCUAAUGCAUCCACCCUUCCAGUGACUGAUCCUCACUGUUUCAUAGCCAAAACUUAGUUUUUAUAGCCAAGAGAAUUCUCAUACUUAUAAAUUCAUGGGCAUGUUUCUAGCCAUUAAAACCUUCCUUACCUAUGAAAUAUGUCCCUCCAAGCAAAAGCCAUUGGGGAACAAAAAAUAAAAACAAAAACAAUCUGAGCCUAUUGACUUAAGAGUACACUAAGCAUUCCUCCUAGUCUUUUCUCCAUUCAAGAAGUGUCCUUUAGAUAAAUGAUAAAGACUUCCAGCACCAGAAGGCCUCUUAGAUUGCAGAAAAUCUUCUUUAAAUUUUGUUCAUUAUCAUUCUACAUAAUCUCACAGUUCUUCAUUUAUUCUCCAUAGGGCUGUAUCAAUGGUCAUCGACAAAAGUGACCAUAAUUUCUUAUUUCACCACAAUGAAGCGUAUGUUCAAUCUCACUGCAGUAUUUGGAAUCUGCAACAGAGUUAUCAGAGCUAGUACCGAGUUCAAGACUGUUUGUGCACUGAAAUGGAAUCAGGGUUUUCUUUUACUUUCCCCCAAGGUUGAGGUCAUUGCUUAUAUCACUCAACUUGUUUGCAUCUUGUAUUUGAAAACUGGUGCUCAGAAUGCUGGAACUAACAAUAUUUUCACUAAUAGGUUUCUGAGACUUGUUUUCAUUUACUUGUUUUAUAUACAGUAUAUUAAAAGAUUCAGGUUCAAAACAUUUAUCAAUAACAUCACUUGCCUUAGAUGCCUGCUUCUUUGCUUUUUCCUAUAUUCUGCACUGCUCAACCUCUUCCGUUCAUCUCAUGAUGAUAAUUUAAUAACAACUAAAACCAAACUAUUCCCAAAGUUAAGCAACAUGUAGCACAAUAAACAUUCAGAAAACAAUGUGAUAUAACCACCAUCACAAAUGAGCACAAAUCAUCUCACACUAACACAAUAAUUCAUAGAAGGUCCAUGCCUACAUUAUGUACUGCACUGUGGGGCUACUACAAACAUUUUAAGAUGAGCUUCUCCAAGUUGUUCUGCAGUCAGACCAGGAUCGAUGUAAUAUGCUCAAACCGUCUUGCCCCAGUGAGUAACCUGGCCGCUAAAUUCUGCACUAGCUGAAGUUUCCAAACUUUGUUUAAAGGCAGCCCAACAUAUAUGCUGACUCAAGCCUUUUCCAGAUGACCUGUGUAGUGAUUUUUUAUUUAUUUCUUGCAUCCUGAUGUUUUUACACAGAGGUUAUAUGACAUUGUAUUGUUUUCCCUACCUGCUUAAAACAUUUUGUUUAGGUAAGCCUAGCUACGCACCUAGAAGUUAAAUCUCUUUUCAGUUGCUGCUGAUUUUAAUCUUUCUUUGAUAUUUUUUUAAAAUAAAUGUUUUCAGUUGUUUUUAAUAAAUAUUGUGUUAUAUUUUUGUAAACUAUGGAGAGGCUUUCUUACAAUCAAGUAAUUAAUGCUCAAUACACAGCAACUUCUGGUUGGUUUGUGUGGCAGUUAUAGGACACCACUAAUAGAAGGAAUGGAAGAUCCUUUACUUUGCUAAUGUACACAGGGCCAACAGUUAAGAACAAAUGUCUGUAAGUUAAUGUAUGCUCAUUAUUUGUUAAGCUCUUUAUAUGAAGAUAAAUUUAACAUUCAAAGCAAUAGUACCAGCACAAAUUCAAAAUAUAAAUUCCUCUUGAUUACAUAGCAGCUAUUGCUUGCUGGUGGUGUUUUAUUCCAAACCAGAAAUCUUGUUAUUUCGUAUGAGCUUUUGUUGGAAAACAGGAAUUAAAUUUACAUUUUGAAAUCAUACUCUCUCUUUUUUAGAGUUAUAAGGGUGCUUUUUCACCUUGAGCUGAGUUAAAAGCUGUUGUAUUGAUUGCAGUGGUUGGAAACCAUCUGUUAAAUUUUUAAUUUAGCUUUAUUUGGCAGGUAUGAGUUUUCAAUUGAUCUCUUGAAAGGCUACGCACAUUCUGUCAUAGAGCUGCUAUCUUCAUUUUAAAGAUACAAUAGCUGGAAUGAAUAUUUUAUGUAGUAUCUGCAUAAAUGAAUAUUGACUAAAAGCAAAGUAUAAUUUCAAACUACAACUGCUUACUUGCAAAAUAAGGGUUACAUGAAAGGCACAUAUUUCAUUAGAGUUGACAUAAAAUCCUGUGUUUGGGGUAAUUAUUUGAAUGGUAACAGAACAGUUAUUUGCAUCUCUCACCUUUCUGAAGAAUGAGACAGUUUCUCUAAACAAGCAGCAGGAUGAGGCGGCAAAAGUUUGAGGUGCUAGACAGAAGCUUCAAACUACAGGUGAGCAUGCCCUACUCCCUGUGCAUAAAAAAGCAUAACACGUUAUGGCUGCUUUGCUGUAUUAAUCUUUUUUAUGUGGAAAUGGUCUUUAAAGAAGACUAUUUUUAAAAAAUCUCAUGUAGUCUGAAUAGGUGUAUUCUAGUCUAUCACUUUAGCUGCACAUUCUGAUCUAUAUAUGCAGGAAAUGAGGCUGAAUUGAGAUGAGGGAGUCCGGAGGUAGAAGAGUGGACCACUUCAGGUUACAUGUGAAAAAGUUUUAUGCUUGCCUAUGCAAAAAAACUCCCUGCAAGUAUAAAACUAGCAUAGCAGGGCUGAUGUCCUAGUUUUUAACUAGCAGGGACAGAUUUUUAAAAAUUGGGCACUUUCAGAAUGGCAUCCUGCACCUGCACCCUGAAGCAGUACCAUCCAUUCCACUACAUCAUUCUGCUGUGUGUGUAUUCAAGUCUAAACUGGAUAAAUGCCAAAUCAAAGUCAUUCUCAUUUCAGUUUUUAUGUAAUUAAUGGUACCAUUCCUCCGGGCAAAAUCUGCAAAUUUUCAUUUGCAAAAAGAUGCCAAGUGGUGUUGCUCAGCUUUAAGAGCUGUCUAAAAAUGUAGCUCCUAUUUUAUAACAGAGUACACUGGAGGAUAAGUAGUGUUGUACGGUAGGAUUAAAAUUUGGAAUGCAGGAGUUCACAGCCAUGCCCCCAAGAAAAGCCCCAAAAGCCAGGCAGCUUUGUUGAUUCAUUUUUGUAGAUUUUUUUAUUUACAUCUAUAAAAUGUACAGUAUAUGCAGCAGGCUACAAUAUAUGUCCAGAAGCCUGGGUUUUUCUUGGUGAGUGAUAAUAUUUGUAGGCUUGCAUUAACAAAAUAGACCCGGGUGGCGCUGUGGUCUAAACCACAGAGCCUAGGGCUUGCUGAUCAGAAGGUCGGCUGUUUGAAUCCCCACGACAGGGUGAGCUCCCAUUGCUCGGUCCCUGCUCCUGCCAACCUAGCAGUUUGAAAGCAUGUCAAAGUGCAAGUAGAUAAAUAGGUACCGCUGCAGUGGGAAGGUAAACAGCAUUUCCGUGUGCUGCUCUGGUUCGCCAGAAGUGGUUUAGUCAUGCUGGCCACAUGACCCGGAAGCUGUAUGCCGGCUCCCUCGGCCAAUAAAGCGAGAUGAGCGCCACAACCCCAGAGUCGUUCGCGACAGGACCUAACGGUCAGGGGUCCCUUUACCUUUACUGUUACUGUGUUUUGAUAUGCGACCAACAAAGCAACUAAAAUAAUUUAAAAUUUUAUUUAACUCAUUACUGAUUAGUAGAGGAGUGUCAAAAAGCUUCAUGUAAACUAGAUAGAAAUGCUUGGCUCUUUUGCCUUCAUCUGUUCUUAAGAUAUUCUAGCCCCAAAGCUAAUUCAGCAAUUUUUAAAAAAUAAAAAAGUUAGCCAUUUUAUAGCCACUGAUUCCAAUCUGAGUAAAUCUCCUUAAAUUCCUAAGUAUUUUAGCAGAACUGAAUGUAGAUUCUUCUGUAAGAGAUUCUUUCAUUGGAGGGUUUUGGGGGGGGUUGGUUAUAAUAAAAAUAAUAAUGUGAUGAGUUUGGGGUUAGAUUAAAUUGGUUUUUUUAAAUCCCUUCCAAUCCUGUGAUUCUAUAGAUGUAACAUGGGGUGGGAGGUUGGGCAGAGACAAACCAUUUUUUAAACCAAAGUAGGUCUGCUUUGUAAUGUAAGCAAGGACAGCAAAACUUAACAGCUGGAGAACUUUCUGGAAUAUGGGUGGAAUGGGGCUUGUCUUCUUCCCCCAUUCACCUGCCUGGUGGUUUCAUCAAGGUAUCUAUGUGUGAAAGUGAACAGAAGAGAUUGGUAGUGUUGGACACAGAGGUCCUUCUUGCUCUCUGUGAGCAUCCAAACCAUAGCGUUAGGAAGCACCCUAGAAAUAUGAUGGGGAGCAGGGUAAGUUGGAGUUUUCAUGCUGGGAAUCUUUCCAUGCUAACAACUAUGCUGAAGUGCAACCAGAGCUUCAGGCAAGCAUGAAGGGUGGAAAACCUAUAUGCAUCUCAGGGCAUUCUCUACCUUCCAAAAAAUAUAUAUAUAUAUUUUUUAAUCCCCAAACUUCAGGGAACUUGGAGAAAUCUAAGAAGUCUAUCCCUAUUCUUUCUCCUUCCCUUGGUGGAAAGGGAACAUAAAGAGGUUUGUUGGCCCCUCAUAGUCCCCAUAGAUUUUCACAUUUAGCUCAAACCUGCAUUGUAGAGUUUUGCUGCUCAGUUGUGAGUUUUGUCCCCUUGUAGCACAUUGUCUGCUAAUAACAACUGUCAACACCCUGUUGUCUGCCUACAAAGUGCCCACCAUUUGGGAAUUUUGAGCAUGUGUGUAUGUCUGAGCAUCUUGGGAAGCUAUUUUCAUGAAUUUAUUGCGUUAAUUUGUUUCAUGUAAUGGGAAAAAUUGCUACUUCCCUGGGUGAUUGCCAAUGGCUUCACUGAGAGCUGCAUUCCCAAAGGUUCUUAAACUGAAAAAUGUAAUCUUUCCAGUAGCAUUUAUCUGGCUACUAGUAAUAUCAGUUGCCACUUUAGAUGUGUAUUCUAAUAAAUGACAUUCCAAUUAGGACAUGGAGUGAUCUGGGGGGAUUAGUAUUUAAAAAGCUGCAUAAAAGUAAAGCUCUUGAAGUGAUUCUGCAUUUAACAAUGUGGAUGCUGCUGAAUGUCACCAGAAAUUUUGCUAAAUACUAAAACAGGCCUAUCUUCAAAUUGCUGUGGCUGGUGUCAUUCCCAUUCCUUGCAAUGAGACUUGCAGCAGUUCAGUGCUUUGAUGAGAGCAGACUCUUGCAAAAAAAGGCUCUUCAAGGCAAUAACAAUGCUUUCAGAAAUGGGUUUUAGAACAUUUAGCACAGGGGUUCUCAAAUAUUGUUAAAGUAAGUCUCACUCAGUCAAGGAUACACCUAUUAGAAUCCAUCUGUGUGAAAGGCAGAGGAGGUGGUCUGUGUAGGCAGCUAUUUUUCAGUUUGGGCUCAGAUCAAGCUGUUAAAGGAGAAGAGGAAAUAAAACCUAGACACUCACAAUAUAUCGGGGUGGGGUGCGUAGAUUGUGCAUGCAUGAAAAGGAGCAAUAAAAACUACCAAAAAACCCCAGCUGUGCCACUAUUAUCUCACUCAAUAUACAGUAUUAGUGAAUAGCUAUAUGCAACUGUAGCACUAAUAUGCAAGUUUCAGUUCUGAAGUAUGGAAUGCAGAGUACUGUAAUUGGGAGGAAGGGUUCAAAUUGAAUUCAUCUUUGCACAGUGGCUCGGGCCUUCUUAAGGACAUCGGGCUUUCACUUUGAGAAAUUUAGAUUUAGCACAGUAAAGUUUAUAGUACAAAUGAACACAUAAUUCACACUGGCCCCCUGGCCUGUAGAUUUUACAACCAAGCACAUUCCUCACUAUGCAUAGAACCCACUGUAAAUCUGAGCAUCUAUGUAUACAUUAAUGGACUACUUUGUUGUAAUGACCCAUUUCUUGAUUCAGAACAAGGUUGUCUAAUAUGAACUAUUCCCUUCAAAAACCAGCAUCCCUCCUUCUCCUGAGACCAGUUCCCACCUUUGGAAACUUGUGUCACUUAACCAGUUUUAUAACUGGAAGCUCAAAGUGGCCCAGAUGCUUCUUGCACAGAUCUCUCACCCAUAAGUUUGAGUCCUGCCCCAGUUUUCCCUUCUCAUUUCACACAAAACUUGUCUAGCAGUAGUGAUUAUAAAGCUUUCCCCCUGACACAUAGACAAUUGAAUGUGCUUGACUGUAUUACCAAUCAAAUGCUAUUUCCCCAAGAAUUUGUUUCCAACUCAGACUGUGAACUUUUCAUCCAGUAAUGCAGAUGUCCCAAGUAAUGUAGUUUUCAAGGACACGUAUUCAGUACUGGCGCUGAUUUCCAUAAACACUUGUGUAACUGCUUUUGCGUGUUGAGUCCCACAAUGCCACCCCCCAAAAAAUUCACACUUCACACAUCAAUUUUUGUUUAAGGUUUUUGGCAUAAUUUUGGCCACAACUUUAUUCAAAAUACAAAAAAUGUGAGUGGUUGCUUAGGCAUUGGUUAUGACUAUCUGUCCUUGCCCUCAGGGACAGAGCUGGCCUUCCGGACACCAACGGAAGCCAGCGUGGGAAACAAGUAUUGGGUGAGAAAAUGAAGCUGGGUAUCAGUCCCUCACUUCUCACCCUCAUGUUCCUGUGGGGCUUGCACGGCCCAAGUCCGAUUCCAGGGACAAGGACGAAAAGAAUGGCAAGCCCCUGGAUUCCUUUAACGGAAUUCCCUUUCCGCAUCAUUUGGAGGGAUAGGCACUUACCCCUCCAAGCACCAAUUUAACCAAUGCCUAACCGCCAUGGAGCCCACAGCUCACCGCCAAACCACUCACAGACCCAACCAAGCCCUCAGCUUGGCCACCACUGCACCCAGCCAAGCCUCAUUCCCUGAGGCAGAAAGAUGCGCGCCAUCAGCUCUGAACAGGAUGCAGCCUGAAAACGAAUCCCUGGAUGGGAAAUCACAUCGCCACCCAGCUCAAAAACCUUUUUGGACACAGCAGAAUUGAUACGUUUUCUGGCCCUUUCGGUGGCAGCUGGGCAACGACUGCCCCUCCAAACACGUCGUUGCAAAAGCUUUGACCAAAAUUUUUUUGCUGUCGGCACCAUUGCUCGCAGCACCUCCAGGUCGCCCAAAAUUGCAGCACGUAGAGAAAAACAGUCCAUGGAAACCAGGUCGUUCUCACCCAGCUGCACCACGACAGCAGUGGGCGGCCCUUCCAGCAGCACCUGCCUCCGAAUCAGCGGCAGGAAUUCUGGCUGGCGCAUUCCCCGUCUGGACAGCCAAGGCAACUGCACAUGUGGAGGAAGGCCGAGACCCGGUCCCAAUCCGGACUGCCGUGCACUGAUGCCAGCCCAAUGCAUGAUGCUGUGCCCCACCAUCCAGAUGCGGACAGCUGCUAAACCUAAGAUAAAACAAGCAAAAAUUGUAAGACACCAAUAAUGUUAACGAACAUAACCUUUGAAUGCAUUCGAUUUCCAAUGACCUGUAUUUUAUUUCCACUGCCUUAUUAACACGCUUUCCGGCCUUCUCGGUGGUAGUUUGUCUAGGCAUUGGUUCCCGACUAGCUGCACCUGACCUCAGCAGGGCAGCACUGACGACUGGGCCCCACCAUAUCGUCAGUACCAGCAAACAUUGUGGGGGAGCAAUGAAUCCCAAGGCAAUCGCAUCCCGCCAGGUGUUGUUCCACAUAGGGGAAAGAUGCACCCCAUCUGCCCUAAAGAGAGCAACAGCCUUGAAGAAAAUAGCAAGGUGCAAUAUUACAGAACCACCUAAAGCAAGGACCUAUUUUAUUUUAUUUGUUAUUUUAUUUUAUUUACUUUAUUUUAUUCUAUUGUCCACCGCCUUAUUAACAUGCUUUCUGGCCUGCUCGGUGGUAGUUUGUCUAGCCAUUGGUUCCUGACUGGCUGCACCUGACCUCAGCAGGGCAGCACUGACGACUGGGCCCCACCAUAUCGUCAGUACCAGUAAACAGCGUGGGGGAGCAAUGAACCAGGAUGACUCAAGCUCACCCCCAAAUGCUCCCAGGGACUCUUGCGUGCCCCUACCCCUCGAAAGGGGUCGACAAAAGCAUGGUGAAUCCUUGGAUUCCCUUAAUGGAAUAUCUUUGCGCAUUGGAGGGGACAGGUGCUCCAACUUCCCCUCCAGACCACCUUGAACCAAUGCCUUAAAUUAUUUUGAGUCCUGGGAGAGCUGCCAUCAACUCAAUCCAAGCCCUCUUGCAUGCAGGAAUGCAAACUUAUGCUGGAGGAAGACAGCAAACAUUCUCGCCCAGCUGUACCACCAGCACUGCGGGAGGACCUGCACAGGUCACACUCAACCGCACCAAAGGAAGGAUCUCCUCCCAAAGCAUUCCCAUCUGGACAUCCAGUAUAUGUUCACAUGGGCAGGAAGACUGAGAUGGCGCCCCAGUCCAAACUCGUCAACCUGCUUGCCAGCCUAGUGUACAAUGCUGUGGCCCAAAUGUGCACAGCUGCUCCUAUGAAAAAGGAAAUAACAGACAAGCAUCAGCACAGACAUCAUUGUGACACUUCCUGAUAUAACCCUUGUCAGCGUCAGACUUCCAAUGACCCGUAUUCACAAUCCUGUCUACUGACAGGCCCCCAGUGUGCAGCCUUUGCAGCAGCACCCAAUCGUAAGGAAUGAGGCGUGUUCAGCGGUAAGCAAGCCGCAGGCCGUAAUAACUGGUGCACGACGUAAGCACAUUGAUGCCUGGCUAACGGGAACCCAUUUUCAUGCACUAGGAGCGGGCCAGCCCCCAGGGAAUGAAAAGCCAAAUAUUCUGUUAUCCAUAACCGGGCAAGGGCCCUCCUCACCUGUGGCGGGAAGCCUGAUUGUGGCACUCCUGCCCACUAAGUCUGUUUUAGAGUUCCCAACUCUAAUGACAAGCUCCAAAGGAUAAGGAAAAGUCCUGAAGCAAUAAGCCUCCAGACUCUCAGCCCCAUGCUGGCUCCAACAACCAUUUUCCCAAGCCUCAGUGCGAAAAUGCAAUGGACUACUGAAAGGAGUCUCGCCUUGAUCUUUAACCAGCAGACAAGUUUUAACUUGUUGCAGAUACUGCAUAAGUAAAAAUUGACCGGCUUCCUGCCCACUGUCCUAUGAGGUUGGAGCCUAUUCCAACCUUCCAAGGCCAUGCGCACUACAAACUUUAUACAAGGGUCUCUGAAAAAUAAAGCUUCAGUGUAACAGACAUUGCAGCGGACUGAAUUCUGAUAGUUAUAACGCACGCCCAAUCUGCAGCAGGUGGACCAAAUACUGCGGAUCUGCUCAGAGGAUGGGGGCCAGUUCAUCUGAAUGGCCGAGGACUGCCAGCUUAAGGCUAAGAAAUCCAUCCAGGCCUUCUCAUAAGAGCUAAAAGCAGAAGGGGAAAUGGAAGCUGCUGCUCUCUGUAAUUACUAAUUGUUGUCAAAAUGCCACAGGUGGUCUGGAAAAGUCUGGCAAUAGCUGAGUCUGGAGCCCAGGAUCUGAAGCACUUCAUCUGAAAAUGGGAUAGAGUGUCAGCGACAUCAUUAGAGGAUCCUGUAAUUUGGAGAGUAGAAAGCACAAUAUUAAACCUUAAGCGGCGCAGCUCGAAAGCAUGAAUGGAGGGGCGGAGACUGUGCUAGAGCGUGAGGACUGUUUUGCUAAGACGCUCACCACUACCUGGUUAUCAGACCAAAAGCAGAUCCAAUGGUCACUGAACUCCUCGGGCCACAUGUGAACUGCUACUACAAUGGGGAAAACUCAAGAAAAGUUAUGUCACAUGAUUGCCUCACCACACCGGGCUUGAGGCCAUAGCUUGCACACCAGCAUCCCUUGAAAUAAAAACCAAAGGGCAAAGAUCCAGCAGCACCAGCAUGAACCUGAAAAUCCCUGUGCGGGUUCAAGGUAUCCUGCCAUGGCGAACUCCAGAGAAGCGGACACGGAGCAAUGGAUCCAAACUACAAGAAAGAAGAUUCCACCUAAACAUUAGGAAGAACUUCCUGACAGUAAGAGCUGUUCGACAGUGGAAUUUGCUGCCAAGGAGUGUGGUGGAGUCUCCUUCUUUGGAGGUCUUUAAGCAGAGGCUUGACAACCAUAUGUCAGGAGUGCUCUGAUGGUGUUUCCUGCUUGGCAGGGGUUGGACUCGAUGGCCCUUGUGGUCUCUUCCAACUCUGUGAUUCUAUGAUUCUAUGAUUCUACUAUUGCAUACAUUCAGGAAUUGCUACCAUCGCCUGAUAUCUGCCUUCACCACACUUGGUAGGCGUACACAAAGGUAAGGGGACCUCAGGCCGCAGGCAGCCUGGCCUAGUGGGAAGAUUAAUUAAGAGACCCAGCAAGAUCGGAUCUGAUGAAGCAUCACUUGCUACAGAGGAAGUAUUACAAAAUAACUUCCUUCAAGGCAGACAGCUUCUCCAUAGGCAAGUGGUAUGUUUUAGCAACGAAUAUCCAACUGGAUCCCUAAAUAAAAUGGGAAUAUGGGCAAAAGGUAUUGAGCUAUUGCUUGCCAGCUUCCAGCCCCCACUGGGCAGGGGGCAUCUUGUGCUGCCAUCAUGAUAUGUAAAUUUACAGGGCCGAGGCUGGCCAGAACCCUUAAAGAAGUCCCGACAAAGCUGCCGCCGAGCCAGCUUCCUUUUCAGACACACACUCUGUGCAAUGCAAAAACACACUCCAUGCAGUGCACACACACUCCAUGCAAUGCAACUACACACUCCGUGCAAUGCAACUACACACUCCGUGCAAUGCAACUACACACUCCGUGCAAUGCACACACAAACCCUCUGUGCAAUGCAACUACACACUCCGUGCAAUGCACACACAAACCCUCCGUGCAAUGCAACUACACACUCCGUUCAAUGCAAAACACACUCCCUGCAAUGCAACUACACUCCAUGCAAUGCAACUACACUCCAUGCAAUGCAACUACACACUCCGUGCAAUGCAACUACACACUCCAUGCAAUGCAACUACACCCUCCGUUCAAUGCACACACACUCCGUGCAAUGCAAAAAACACUCUGUGCAAUGCAACUACACCCUCCAUGCAAUGCAUACACACACACUCCGUGCAAUGCAACUACACACUCCGUGCAAUGCACACACACUCCGUGCAAUGCAACCACACCUUCCGUACAAUGCAACAACACACUCCGUGCAAUGCAACUACACCCUCCGUGCAAUGCACACACACCCUCCAUGCAAUGCACACACGCUCCGUGCAGUGCAACUGCAAAUCUCUCAUGCAAUGCAAUGCAUUUGCAGCCCGUGCAGCGCCGUGCCCUGCAACACACGAACUGCAAUGCGGGCACGCAAAGGUGCUUUCUCCCGCUUGCAUAUUGCAAACGUGGCGCCCGUUACAUCCCUCGCAGUGAGGUAACCACCGAAAGGACUUAAGUGUCCAGGUAGAGCAAUGGGGGAGCAUGCAGCUGUCCCAUACAGGGACCAAUCCUGCAACCCAGGCAUUACCAGCACUAUGCGCUGACCCAGUGAAACCAAUGCUUCAUGGACCACAUGGGGACACUAUUCAGGCCGGAAACGCUUCCAGGCCAUUGAAUUCUAGGGCAAAGCCCUAGGAUCACCUGCUAGGCCAGGCAUAAAUGUUUCCAGUGAAAUAGCAGAGUUGAGGUAGCCCACAGCUUGUCCAGGUACCCCUGCUUGCCCUUUUAGAGGGAAGCACCCUUUCAAGAAACCCAAAGUUCUUUUUCACAAAUGGGCCUAACUACCCAGCAACAGAAUAGCCCAAAAGGAGCAGUUUGUUUUUGUUUUGUUAUAACAAUGGCUAAGAGGGGGAUAUGAACCCUGUCUCCCAGGUCCUAGUCCUACACUUUAGCCACUAAGCCACAAUGGCUCAUCUCUAAAAUGGCAGUCGCCACUAUCAGGGCAAAACAAACUUAAAGAAAAUAAACUUGUUCAGAAACAACAUAGUUCAAGAGCAUAUACAGAGUGCUCAUAGUCCUUGGAGGCACAGGGAGCCUCCGGGGCCCUCUGUCUGCCUCAGAUAUACAUUAGCAGCAACUGGGCCUGCAAGCAGAUACAUUCCUAUAGCGAGAAUGAGUCACAAUGACUUAACAGUUAACUGCUACCUGUAGCAGACUUAGGCUUGGAAGUUAUGAGCAGGCCGAAUAGGCCUCCCUGCUUCUGCUCUUGAGAAUCUUAGUCUCAUAGCAAUAUUAAAGGAACUCAAAUUAGUGCUCCCACCCAAGGCUAGCUUAAAAUUUGGCCAACAGCACUGCACACACUCAAAAUAAAGCCAACCUUCGGGGAUACUAUAAACGAAAGUGAUUCCAGCUAAGCUGGGAACAGCCCUGAUUAGCCCCACAAUUUCAACAAGAGAAAUGGGGGAAACCUUUUUGCGAAAGAAAGCCCCUAACGGGGGCUCUCCCUAUUGGGAAAGGCAAGCCACAGAUACAGGGAGAAUCUUCCCACAGGGCAGGGUAAGGGGUGGGGUGGGAAAUCGAACAGGAAAAGGGGGGAAUUAAAUUAUUUAAGGGACUAGAGAGGAUUAAAGAAAGGGGAAAUAAAGAAAUAAAGAAAUGUAACCAGACAAUGAGAAGAUUGUCCAAGCGCUCCAUGUGAUCCGGUGCAAAAUGGCCAAGAGGACGUCCAACGUCUGGCCCCUGUAUUUAAAGACUCUGACCCCUCCUCCAAAUUGGCAACAAUCAAAACUCCCCAGCAACCCAAUUUUAACCACUUAAAGGCUUGGGUUCCUCACAAAAUCUGCCCAGUAACGGCAGGGUGGCUUGUUCCCCCAACCGCAACACGUGCUCUCUGUUAGGGAGAACACGCUUUGUGUCUAUACACAUGCAUAUGUGAACCCGUAUUUCCCACAUUAAAGCAUAUGGUAUUCCCCAAAUAAUCAUGAGAACUGUGGGUUGUUAAGAAUGCCGGGCAUUGUAGCUCUGUGUGCAGGAAAUUACAGUUCCUAGGAUUCUUUGGGAAAAGCCAUCUCCUUUAAAUGUGCUUUACUGGAGACAAUUGCAUGCCAUAGAUGUUAUUGCAAUGACAAAGAUACUCUGUAUAUAUACAUGAUAUUCCUUUGCUUAUUUGAGGAAAAUUCACCAAUUCCAAUAAGUGCCAAUGUAAAUGAAUCAAACUGUUUAGUUAUACAAAAUGGGAGACAGUGAGUAUAAUGACUUUGUGCCAGAGUAUAUAAUAGGUUUAGUUGCAGUAACUACUCAUUUGCAAUGAAUACUGCCGUAGUAUUCCACCCUUUUAUGCUUCCAAUUGUCUAUGGAUCAUUUAUUCUAGGUGCCAUAAGUAGACAACACUCACUUUAAAUGUAAAUGUUGUGCUGAAAAAUAUACUCUUCUUUAUAGUUUUCUCUGUGAGCAAUUUAUCUCUCCCAAGGUGAAGUAGAAAAGCCUGAGAGGAGGCCAUGGCUCUUUGUAAUUCUUAGCUCCAAAGACCCUCUUAACCUACUUUGUUCUCCUUGACGUUUUUUACUUCUAUUUUGCAUUUUAGUGAGAAGCCAAAUAGAGAGGAAGUGAAAGUAAAUUAUUAACUAAAUACAAACAUGGGUGCUUUGACUUGUUUUGCUAACCUUUAUAUGUGAAGUUUAGCCAUAAAUUUCUCCAAAGUGUAAAACCAUAAGCAACUUUGCUAAAUAUCAGACAUCAGCCUGAGCACAGAACCCUCAGAGGCCAAAUUAUGAGGAAGGUCCACAUCUUUAGGUGGUAAAUGAUUUCAGUGCUUUAUUUUUCUGGUCUGCUUUAAUCUCACACUAAUCACAUAGAACUACUUGUUUCCUUUUGCUGUUAUUUUCUAAAUUUGCUACUUAAUCCCUGCUACCUUGUCUACCACAGGAUGCCUCUUGCCACUAAAUCAGUGCCUCAGGUAAAACUGUAGAAGCUUUGGGUGAAGAAGACGGGGAGAAUUGCGUGACAGCGGCAAGUGAGGGAUGAUAAUCACCAUUAAAAUAACUUUUCACUAGUUUAUAAGAAUUGAGAGCAGCCUGGAAUUGUGGAUGGUGUCAAAGUAAUCCCAAACUAGAAGCUGAUAGAAUUACACUUCAGUAUUUAAAAAUUAAAUGUGGGCAGCAGUCCCAUUCUAUAUAUUUUUCCUCAACUUGGCUCAAUGAUUGUAUUUUUAUUCAUUUCAUUUAACAUAAUUUAUAUACCACUUAAUGGUAAAUAAAACCUAUGAGCAGUUUAUGAAGAAAUUAACGUUAAAAGCAAGCUUUUAAAAUUCAAAAUGUAAGUCACCAGUUAAAAAUAAACAUUACAAGCUAAAUUACAGAUUAAAAUGCAUGUCAAUUUUGCAUGUCUGGGUAGGUUUUCCUAAACAAAAAGGUGCUGAAAAGAGAAUAUAUAUUUGCAGUGACGUGAAUCUAUAUAUGCAUGUUUGGUAAGAAGCAAUUAUCACUUACAUACAUUGUUCAAAUAAGUUAAUAAUAAUAAUUCAGGACUUCGUGUUUACUGCAUGCCAAAAACAAAAAUGCUACCAUCUGCAAUGCCAAAUUCACAAUUGACAAAAUAAAGUAGACAAGUUUAGGUCAUCUGAGCUGAGGAACUAAUCAGAAAUGAUUUAUCAUUCUAAUUUAAUUUGGCAUCAGCAAAAGAAUGCCAUCGCAAAAAGAGGCGUGAGAUGCACACACAAACACACACAAAACAGACCUUGGCCGAAACCCAUUUCUGACCUCUAAUGUCUGGACCUAAUGAAUAUGUCCUAUUUAAUUGACACCGAUUGAUUGAUUGAUUGAUUGAUUGAUUGAUUGAUACCUAUUUAAUAUGUCUCUGUAACCUUGAGAUCUAGAAACCCCUGAUUAAAAAUGAAAGCUGGGUUUGCUCUUUCCAUUUUGCCAUCCUUUGCUCUUGAUUUCUUAGUCAUUGUGCUAGAGAGUUGGGACCAGGUAUGGGCAAGUUCAAAGCUAUUGCUUAGCUACAAAUCUCCUAAGUAGCCUUGAACAACACAUUGCUUGACUAUACCAUUUCCACUACUGCUUAGAUUCUCUUACCAGCAAGAUUUUGGUCACGGAGCAAGGUUUCUACAAAAGCGCAGGAGCCAUCCAACUAUAAAUCACAGGUAUAUGAGCUAGACAAGGUUACAUCAGCAAUAACUAGGCACCAAUUUUUUUAGUUGCCCUUGCUCUCCCACCCCUUCCUGGAGCAUGAGCAGGGCCCUGGCUCAGAACAUGUGCUGGUUCUGAACCCGUCCUCCUGACUAGGGCUCAGGGAAGGGAAAGGCUGGGGUGAUCUGAGGGAUCUGAAGCUGGGAGGUAGGACCAGCUAGAUUGUGUUAGAUCCCCCAAAUCCAUAGCCCCCCCGAAUGGGACACCUUCUGGAGGGAGGGUUUCUACUGCCUCCCCUUGAAACCCAUUAAGUGCUAGGUGGGCUAGCUUGUAUGAGCGCAGGCUUGCAUUGGUCACUAUUUUCGACUACAGCAUGUGGAAUUCUGAAGAUGAUGUAAGCAUUCACUUUCUCAUAAGAGAAGAAGAUAGUUUGUUAUAGUCAUGCUAAGCACUCACCUACUUUUUAAUACACCUACCCCUAGCCCCAGUGUUGCCGUUCUUUUACUGACUGUUGUAAUAGUUCAUAAAAUGUGCACAUCACAAGUAAUAGGAAAGCUUGCCGUACAUAGGGGGAGGUGAUUUGUGUAAUUUAUCAGCUGUUGCAGCAAAGCAUGUUUCUUUUUGUUCUAGUUCCACCUAGAAGCGUUCACAUUACUUCAGGUACAUUGGUUUUACUUUGGGAUUACGUUAGAAAAUAUUAGUAGGGGUGGGGGAAUACACAUUGUACUUGGAGCAUGAUGCCUUUAUUGUGUAUCUUAUUUGACUGAGUGAAAUAAUUUUAAAGCACUGCUUUGUUUCUCCCUCUUACCCCAGGCUAUGAAUACAGAAGAGGAGCACGAACACUGGCAAGAUAAGGAAAGCUACCUCUGUGCAGUGUGCCUGGAUGUUUAUUUUAAUCCUUACAUGUGCUAUCCCUGCCACCACAUCUUCUGUGAACCUUGCCUACGCACACUCGCCAAAGAUAAUCCAACCAGCACUCUGUGUCCUCUGUGCCGCACGGCAAUUGCCCAAGUUUUUUUCCAAUCAGGUAUAAAGCUUUCAAAGAUAUAUUUCCUCUUUCCUAGUAACGACCAAUAAAUAUUUAGCUGUCUUCCCUCAAAGUGAAUGUUCAGGACUAAUUAGACACUGUACUCCAAAUCUAGUAUAAUGGUAACUACUCAUACAUUAGGCAUGAUGGUAGCAGAUCCAUGUGUCUAAAUCCACAUCUAUUCCAGUUAUGUAGAGAAAGGGAUGGGUACAAAUGUUAGUAGCGAAAGUGGAAAGCCAGGAGGGGGUGUUAAACUGUCCCUCACCAAGCCAGGAGGUUCUUCCAAGACACAUUUGUCUUCAACUGGGCUUAGAAUCACCAAUAUUGGGAGAAAAGCACACGGGGAGAUUGUGUGUGUAGCACUCACUUUUCCAUAGCCAAACAGCCUGCCCCUACAUAAGGGGGGCGGAUGCUGCUUGAAACACAUAAUCAAUUACAUUCUUAUCUAGUCGGAGCCUUAGUGGUUACAAGUUUCUCGCACUCUCUUCUUUCAGGUGCACCCAGAACAGCACUCCAGAACACAAUUUUUGUUGCAGGAACAAAAAUAUAUGGUUUUAAAUAGAAUUAACCCUAAAUACCAGGAUGCAUUCACUUAAUAGUCUUACCUGUUGCUAGGUCCACCCCCAACCCUGUUUGAUGCAAUAAACCCAGAAGCAUGGGCUAUACAAAAAUUAUCGAUUACAGCAGGUGUUUCAGUUUUUUCCACAAUAUGAUCUAUCUCAGUCCAAGUUCCUGUGAAUAGCUCAAAGCAUUCCUCUCUCACAACAUUAAAAUUAUAGCAAUAGAAACCAGAAUAGCAGUAAUCCAUUCUUCUAAGAUUUCUCCAGCUAUGCAACUUUUGAAAUUAAAGAGUGGGUACAAACAUUAUCUGGUUGAGCUUAGAUACCCUGCAGCCCAGAGAGCUUUUUCCUUAUUAAGUUUUCAGCUUUGAAAUCUGCAGUAACGGGGGAAGAGCACUUGGUAUGCCCACAGGACCAGAUAAGAUGCAUUUGUGGUUCAAUGGAAAUUGAAGAGCUAGCUCAUUAUUUAUUGUACUGUCCAUUAUACAGCACAUCCAGUGAUAAUCACUUGGGCGCUUUUCUAAAGAGGAUGAGUAAUGGCCCACAAAAUUCCAGAUUAAUUUUUUUGCUAGGUUUCUGCCAAAAUGGUGGCAGAGACAACUUGCCUGAUUGAGUCAGGAAGGAAGGCUAUUAAUUGCAAAGGUGAUGAGAAUCAUUAGUGAUCCUGUGUUUAUGUAUUGAGGUUUUGGACAGCUUUCCUCUGCACUAGAGCCCAGGCUAGACUAUGCUUUCCCCCAAUCUUCUCUGCAUAUUUAUUUAGAAAAUGUUGAUACUAUUCUUCAUCCUACAACUGAUCACAGAAUGAUAUCCAGCAAAAUAUAAAAACAUUAUAAAACACAAACAAUAAUUUAAGAAUAAUGGAAACACUAAACCAUCAUAAAAUCAUAAAAGAAUAAGGCAAGGGCUAAUCUCUACCAAUUUCCUGCCACUUAAGUACUGCAAGCUGACUACCUAGAAACUUCAUCAGCUAAUAAUCUACUUUACGGCGCUGCUAUAUAAAGUUUCAGAGAGCUCUUUAAUUGCAUGUGCUCAGCUUCCUUAGCUAUGAUUGAGACCCUUCUGCUUUAAAAUCUAUACUUAAUAUCCGUAUGUUUACUUCCUAGACUGCAGCCCUUUAUAUAGCUAGGGAUGCUAUAUAAGUAUUCAAGAAGAUAUCACAUCAUAAAUAAAUAAGCUAAAAGUAUUGCUCUGCUUUCCUUUGGACCCCAUCAGUGAGUCCAGUGAGUCUUGUCGUCUGAGCAACCCAGGACCUCCAUACAAACUGCCCAGGCUUAUGCUCCAGAGAGGUCACUUUAGUGCUGCAAGUACACUGACAUGUAGCCUUGAACCACAGUGUAUAUAGCUAGACAUCCCCAAAUGCUUACAUGCAACCUAUCUGGAAUCUGCUGUGGCCAGAUCCUAAGCGUCCUUGUUCAGUGGAACUUAUUCCCUGGUAAGAAUGGAUAGGAUUGCAACCCAGGUCAUGCAACUGUAGCCUGUAUUUUAAAUUAUUAUUAUUAUUACAAGUGCUAUAUAUUUUUUUUUUUAAAAAAAACUGCUGCAGGAACUCAACCAAUUUUUAGAUCAUGCUUGCCAGGUUUUCUUAUAUGUGUUUUAUAUUGAAUGUUUAAAUUUUUUUGGAUUUUAAAAUUCCUUUAUGUGCAGCAUGGAGACUCUGUGUGUGUGUGUGUAAUAUGUGAGAAAAGUAAAUAAAAUAUUUGGCAAUUACAAAAUUUACAUGAUGAAGUGGUUAAGAUUUGUGACGUGUUUUUUUCCUUCCCCCACACUGCAGAACUGAACAAUUCAACAAAGGCUCACUUUCCUAUUGAAUAUUCAAAAUUAAAGGAAAACUUUCAAGAAUCCGGUUUAGCAAAAUGGCCCCUCCCUAGUUGCAGGAAGGCAUUCAGAGUUAUUGAAGGUAAGAAAGAUUGCUAAAUAUUUUGCCUUUUCAUGUGUCACAUGCAGCCUGUAGCAUUCAUGUGAAUGGAUUUGAUGCCAUUUCUUGGCCGCUACCUAUAAAUUUUGCAGCCCAAGGUCUACAGAUUCAUUACAUUACAUGCGCCAGAGUUCAUAACAGGACACUACUAGGGCCCUGUAUUGAAAGAGUAUAGGAUAAUACCACUGUUCAGAUUGGUGGGUCUAACUGGUAUUUGGGGUAGUCUAUGCACCAUGUUGUACAAUAUUAUUGCUGUGUUUCCCAUUUGAAAUCUAGGUAUGUGACAUUUUCCUGUAAACUUACUUUACUGUCAGUUUCCCCAGGAAAUACAGGUGUGAACCACCUGAAAUUUGCUUUCUUUUUCAUUCAGCUUCCUACUAACUUCCGCUUACAGGUUUUCAAAAUCUUAAGCAGAUUAUAAAUGCUUCUAAAUAAAUAAAUAAUACUAUUGCCCUAUGCAAUGACGUGUACAAUCUUAUAAUAGUAUAACUAUGAUCUUUGAUUCAGCAACAGCCAUUGCCCUCUAAUAUGCAUUGAUGCCUCAUGGGGCUUGGAGUUGGCUUAAGCUGAGGUCCUUUCUGUUUCACGAAUGCUAAGAAGUAGGCAGAAAAAGAAUAAGAGACCCUCUAUCAUGGUUCAGAAUAGGCACUGCCAUGACAUGACUUUAUCACUUAUUCUAGGGAGCAGAGCCCUGCACUGACUUGGUUUUAUUUGAAACAUUAUUCUUUACUGGCAAGCCUUUGAACAAGAUUGGAAGGUUAACUCUGAGGGUACUAUAUCCAGAAUUGAUAAACAGCUGACCCAAAAGCAUCUUCCAGUGUAGUACUGUAAAACUGGGUCAGUCAAGGUCAGUCCUUUUUCACUGAAAGCAACAAAAAAUGUUCUGUGGCCUAUGGAGCAUUUAUGGUUCUGCUCCCAGGCAAAAUUUACAACCAGCAAAGACUAUGCUUUUCUCUUCUUUCAUUGAGUACCAUUGUCCUACUAGGCUUGUGCUGAGCAUGUAUUUUUUGUUGUUACAUAACUGUCAUAAACACAGCACAGGACACACAUUGUUGCUGGUAUCCUUGUUUGCCCAAUGUCACUUUGAAAAGAGUAGUCAUGCAAUAUGAAAUGACAGAUCUGAUGGAAGCAACUUCAAAGAGUUGAUCUAGCUAAAUGUCAGAUAAAGGAAGGAAUCUGCAGAAAUGCUGUUGGGAUUUUAGAAAGAAUAAUCAUAAAGAGAAGGAAUGUCUAGAUGCCCUUUAACAUUAUUUACAGAUGUAUAUUCAAGAGUGAAGAUAAGAUGACAAAGGCGGGCUUGGGCAUGACCUCUACUUCUGUCACAGGCUUGAAAUUGAUGGUUCAUUAAACCACUUCAAGCUUUGUAAUUCUGUUAUUUAAAAUACCAAAAUUUAAGAGCAGUUUUAGUAUUUCAGUGAACUUCUUCAGGAGGUUGUUCAUUUCCUUCCUUGUAGGAAUUACGAGAAAGGUUGAACAGGCACCUGACAGGGAUGCUUUAGGUACAGCUAUAUUGACAGAGAUUAGGGAACUUAACAACAGCCCUCUGGUUUCCUUGCUGCCUUAUGAUUCUAUAAUAAUGCCCACCUAGUCAUUAAUAAGUAUAUUAAGUAUCAGUUAAUGUUUAACCAAAAAUACUCAUGAAUUAAAAUCACUGCUUCUCAUCAGUUGGUAAUUAGCAUCCAGUUUCAAAUCUGAUUAUUGGUAUUGACUAGCUGUGCUAGCUUAAGACUGUUUUUGUUAUGAGAAUUGCUAUGAGUUACAUAAAAGAGUAAUCACUGAGAGUCCAAAAAAAAACACCCACCCAAAUGAGUGUGCCCAAUCAAUUUUACUGAGUAAAACUCUCAGUAUAUCCUUGGUUCUGCUUUCAUGCCGGCAAACUACUUGCUGGCUCUUUUUUCUAAUUCCUCUCCCUGUAUUGUAUCUCUUAGGAUUGCUAAAAUAUUUAUAGAAUCUCUAAUGCCUUUUGGGUCACUCCUCCCAAAGGCUCUGUGAGCCAUGUUUUAAACAUAAUGCAUUAUGUUUCUUUCCUCACCUUUCCACACUUUCAGAACAUCCUGAGUACAUGUUGCUACAGAGAGCUUGUGAACACUUCCUGUUAAGACAGUUUUUCAUUGAAGAAAAAUAAUAGAUUUAAGUUCCAUGGAAUCAGUGAAAACACUGUAUCCAAAAAGCAAGAGUAUUAAAACUAGAGAUAAAACAUACAAACUACUAUCUUACCGUUUGUAGUUGUUUUACAAUGCUUUACGUUUAUUUUCCUUAUUACUGUAUUAUUGUUUACCUGCCCUUUGCCCUAAGGCCCCAGACAAUACAACAUUUAAAACAAUUUAUUAUCACAAAUAUAGGGUGAGUCCUGAAAAUAGAUAUCUCAGGCAUCAAAGCUUUGCAUCUUCAGCAUUCAGGACAAACUGUAUAGUGAAUUGCCAUAUGGACCACUGUGAGGAGUUCCACAGCUUAGGGAAGAAGGCUAUUCUGUUAUUUUUAAUAAGUGCUUAUUCUGUAACAAGUGAAAACAUUCUCUUCUACAACAUUGUUCUGAAUCACUCAAUCAACAAUUAGCCUUAAGACCUGCUGUAAUUAAGAUAGCUACCCGCAUUGCUCAAAUAAUUAAUUACAUGCUCACUUCAUAUAUGUAGCAUUUUAAGUAAAAUUGUCCAUUACCUGCAGUUUUCAUCAUGUGAAAACACUUCACAUAAAUUUUACAUGGGCAGGUAUUUUUCAGUCCCCCACAACCACUACACCAGUUGAAGUCACUGAGAUGCAAAUUCUUUGUGGCAGGCACAAGUAUGGGGUACGAUAGUGGCACAAGUGCUUUUCUGCUGUGCUUCCCACAUCUCUUCCACCCCAUCCUAUUUCAGCUGGCACAAUGGUUCCACCAGUGACUUGCUCUGCCAGUGUUCCUGCUAUUCCUCUGGGGUAAAGGGGCUUCUGCCAAAUCCUGUUGCCCCUAGGCCAGCAUAUCUUGAGUACUGUGCCCUAAAUGGGUUGGGUACUUACUGGCUGUGACCCAAGCCUGGUAGAUGCUACUCAUGAAGAUGUGGAUGUCCUUUUGCUUUCUAACUCAGCAUACUAUGUAGCCUAUGAUGAUGAAGAAGUAGAUAAAGUAAAUCCAUACCAAAGGCUGAGCCUUGAAGAUUUGGAAAGAAUAGCACUAGAUCCUGAACCAACUCUCUUUCAGAGCCCAAGUUCUUGUGCAUGAAGCUCCAUUAUAAAUACAAAGACACAAGUGGAUAUUUCCAUACCCUUAGAGCGGUGAUGCACAACCCUGAAGAGGAUGGAAAAGAUACUCUUCAGUGCAUUGCAGAGAUGCUGCAAAUCACAAAAUAAGCCAUGGGGUUAGUUGUAGCCAUUAUUGAGAAGAAACUGGAGAGGAACAGCAGUAAACCCCAUGAGGACGUCAUUGGUAUUAGAUCCCAAAAUAGAGGGUCCCUAGCCCAAUGAAAAUACUACUUAAUGAGAAAGUUCUCAUCUCUUAAUCAGAAAGUGAAGCAAACCAAAUCCAGUGUAAACAUGAGCAACCUUAGAUAGUUGGGGAACUUUACAAAGCCUGAAUUGAAGGUCAACUUCUUAAAGCCCAACUUGAAAGAGAAUCUUUGGAAAUCUGACAAUAGUCUUGAAACCAUGGAGAAUCCUGUGAUGGCCUGGGACUCGGACUCGGAACCGGAGGAGUCUCAGUCCACACCGGAUCCUUUGCCUCAGGCGGCAUCUUAACCUAGUCUGGGGCCUGAUUCUGAAGAUCCCCAGUCUGCACAGGUUCCCUUGAAAACAAGCACCAGGUGGGCCGAGUCAGGGGCCUGAGCCUGCCCUGGCUCCAGUUGCGGCUAGUACCUCAUUGCCUUCAGCUGGGCAAUCACUUACAGCUGCUCCACUACCAGUUGGGUCAGGAGCGGCUGAGGCGGCCUCUGGGUCCAGUAACCCACUGACAUCUCCUGAGCUGCAGAGACUAAGGUCUGAGAGAAGGAGAGACCUGAGUACUUGCAGGAGGAGUGCUCACCUUUGAGUGAGACAGGGAGGUGAGUCACCGGGCGAUCAGGACCGGCCAUUACCCCGACAAAGAUAAAAGGCUGUCGGACCCUGCCUCAGGUUGCGGGAGCAACGUUGCUGUUUGCUAGAACCUGCCUGAGACCCUGUGCCUGACCUUGCCUGGUUUCCUGCCUCGUGUCGUGCCUUGGCCCUGUCGGACUAACUCCUCGUGGAACCCUUGGAUUCGGGACUGGAUCUGGACCGUGUUGCUCGGGUUACCCCUGGGCCCAUCACAAAUCCCAUGACAGAUCCUAAAGCCAAUGCAGAAUCUGAAUUGAGAUCUCCUCAGAUACGGAUUCAUUCUGAUGAGUACCUUACAGAUUCCAAAGCUGAUGAUGACCAGCAGUUCAUGGACUCCUCGGAGAACGUGGGACAGAUAGAUUAUGUUCUGCCCAGUUGUGGUAUCAUCGCCUCUGCUCCUCGGCUAGGCAAUUGGUCCCAGUCUAUACGCAGCACUGACAUCAAUGUUAGCAUUCCUGUUCCUUCAGAAAUUCACGUGACACACUAUGAAGACCAAACUAACAAGUCUGAAUUGGAAGGCAAAGGACCCCAGGAAACUGCUGCCACAGACAAUGCCGUAAUAGAGUUCACUAAGCUGAUUGAUGUCUACUGCCACAGAUUUAUGCAGGACGCUCAAACUAAGAUGACAAGUGUUUCGGAAAUGGAGAUGAAUUCUCAAGAAGCCCAGCAAGAGGUGGAUUGUGUUAGCAAUAAUGCUUCAAAGAAAACUGAAUCUUGUUUGGGAACAGCUGUUGAGGUUCCUUCUAGACCAUCUAAAUUGAACGUACCAUUUUCAGAGUCAGGAUCCCAAUUCUUAGCAGUAGAAAACACCAAUGCUAAGUCUCAUAACAGUCCAGGCUCCUCAUCCAGUGUACUGGAAGCUGGGUCAGGUUUCAUAUGACUCCUUCACCAGCAGAGAAUAAUGGCAGUGGGGCAGUUUCUCCUUUUGCAAAGAUUCAGAGCUCCAUGGUUCAAGUGACUAAUAUUACACAAGCUGGUUUGACCCAACAAAUCAGCUUUGCAGUGGCUAAAGUCCAGAAGAGCCCAGCCGAACCAGAAUCUGUAAAUGAAAUUCAGCAAAAUGAACUGAGAGAAAUGUUCACACGGUGUCAGAUGUGAAUAAUUCAGAUCGAGGGAGCAUACGCUUCAGAUUUAAGUUGUACAUACAGUAUUGCUAAACUAAUGGUUUGUAACGGCCCUUUGAGGGGAGGGGUGAACCAACUGCCACUAAGUAUUGGUAUCAAAAAAUGCCAGUAACUAUGUUUACAGAAAGGUUUGGGAAAUGUUAAUUGGGUUCUGAACAGGUUUCAGAAUUAUUCUCAAGUGAAGGUAAACUAUAUUAAACAGGCAGCUCAUACACCAGUGGUUGAUGUGCAUGUUAGUUUGUGUGAUCAAUUGCACAACUAUCUUUUGAGACCAGUUUCUACAGGCUUUCUGAUUUAUGUAGAAGCUGGUUCUAAACACCUGUUAACCCUAAAUGUAUUUAAUGUUAUUGGCCAAGUGAUAGUGAGUGUCUGUGCACGGGUGCAUGCCCAUGCAAGACUCAGCUCUCAGUUUUAACAUAAAAGUGAAUUGAUUGGUGUUGAAUUGCCAGGAGAACAAAUCCCUCUAUAAAUAUUUCUGUAAUUAUCUUUAAACUAUUUUGAAAUGAUAUGAUAAAAAGUGUCAACGCAUCUGUGAAACAGCCAACUAUUUUGUUUAAUUUCAGCACAAGAUGUGCUCGAUACUUAAAUAACAGAUUUAAAAUAGCAACAAGCCACAAUGUGAUAUUUCCUAACAUCUUUAUGUUAGUUGCUUAAACUCUCAGUAACAGUAACAUGCCUGGGUGUGAAGAAUAUUCAUUGACCUCUGAUUUCCAGGUUAAUAUUGGGAACUUUCCUUGUAUUAUAUAAACCAUCUUCAAGUCUUCAUGCACAAAUCACAGAAAGUAGUUAUAUUAAUCAGUUCUUACUGAAAACCUGCAUGUAGGACACCUGUAUCUAGUAAUUUAUUUCUGCUUAAUGUGCACAAUGAAACUGUCAAUUUGGUUGAGGAAGUAGCACAGAGACAAUGGAGGAAAUUCAGAGACUUUUACAUCAUUUAAAAACGUUUCCCAAGCCACAAUACCUCAAGGACUGCCUCUCCUCAUAUGAACCAACCAGGACCCUGCGAUCAUCAUCGGAGGCCCUUCUUCACUUGCCUCUUCCAUGAGAGAUCCAAAGGGUGGCAACACGAGAACAGGCCUUUUCUGUGGUAGCUCCCUGUUUGUGGAAUGCUCUCCCCCAGGGAGGCUCGCCUGACACCUUCAUUACAGGCAAAAACAUUCCUCUUCUCCAAGGCCUUGGGCAAUUAAACAAUCUAGGGUCUUUUAAACUGUGGUGGGGUAUUACUUUGUUUUUUACUAUGUUAUGUAUUUUUAUGUUAAGCACCCUGUGAUCCUCAGAUGAAGGGUGGUAUAGAAAUUUUAGUAGUAGUAGUAGUAGUAGUAGUAAUAGUAAUCCCCACACAGAGAGAGACACUUAAUCAUCUCUAUCCAGCCAUGUACAAAGGUUCCAAAGUCUCACUUCAUAUGAAGCCACUGAUUUUGGAAAAAGUAAAUUUUGUAGAGCCUGAAUGUUAGAAGAUUCAGGACAGAUAGAAAAAAGUAGUUCUUCAUGCAGCACAUAGUUAAACUAUGGCACUCACUUCCUCAAGAAGCAUUGAUGACUGCCAACUUGGAUGGCUUUAAAAGGGGACUGUACUGACUGCCACAGUUAGAGGCAUUAGAGGUUGGAGGUUGUUGGGAAUUGCAGGUCGUGUUGUGCUCAUGUCCUUUUAACAAGCUUCCCACAGUAUUCUGGUUGGCCACUGUGAGAGCAGGAUGCUGGGCUGAUCCAACAAAAUCAUCUGGCGUUAAUCAGAAAUAGCAAGGUUCAAAAGCCAGUUGGGAACAUUUCAGCAUUCCAGGACAUUCUGUAAAUGACCUUAAAGCAGCCAUCCUGGCCACGGUCUGUCAGAGAACUAUUUGUCCAUCUAGCCCACUAUCUCUCUCCUUCCUAUGUUCCUUAAUGCCUUUAUUGUGUUUCAUACCUGCAUGGUUUAUUUUUUGAAUUAAAUUGCAUUCCAAGCAGUCGUUUGGGGGUUAACAAUCAAGUUUUAACUUGAAGAAAAUUUUCAUGCAUUUUCCCUCCAAAUCCAGAAACCUUCACCCAUAUUUGUUAUCUUCAUUAACAGCUGUUGCUAGCCACCUGCUGUGAGGCCGAAAAGGAAACUUGAGUGACUGUUUUCCACAUGAUUUUUUUCAGCAUCACACAGUGCUCACAUCUAUAUAUAAAAUGUGCUGCACAAUCAUACAAGGAUAAAUCUCACUUGGCUAAAAUCUCCUGAGUUGUGAGAAAUGCAGGUACUGCUCUCAGCUUAGAAUGUGCUAAAAUGUUAGCUUCUGUUUGAUUUACCUGCUACUCUUUGGUUAGCUACUUAGAUUAAAAACAAACAAACACCGCCUGUAGGUUUUCCAUCACUUUGCUCAUUGACAUUCUUCUGUUCAUAAUAAAACAAAAAUGAUGGGUUGUUGUUGUUUUUUGCACCAUCUCACAUAAUGUCUCUAAUGGACUUUUGCCUGUUGUUUUUCUUGAGGGUAGGAGAGAGUGGUUAUUUUCUAAAAUGCCACAAAAAUCAAUGCAAGGUAAAGAAAACAGCUGAAAGAAGGAAGAUGAGAGCAUACUGUUAAUCGAAUCACAGACAGUUCGCUUCUUGGAGCAAAGACUGACUGUCUCUUAUUCAAUUAACACAGUUCACUUUUGCCUUCUUUGUUCUGAGAGCAGUAGAUUUUAGCCUGAAAUCAUUAUAGAUUUAUUUUAUGUUUCUUAAACAACUGAUGCAAAAACCUCUGGGAGCAUUUUUAAACAAUUAGUCCCAUAUAUAUAUAAUUUCAUUGGUUCUGUGGCUGUCAUACAGAACAGUUUCCUGAUUGGCAUCCUCUACCUCUCUUCAGACUUGCUUCAUAAAAGCAUCCAUCCCCACAGUUUGCCUUACUAGCCGCAUAAAUGUAACACAGGCCACAUUGUCCCUGAAACAUCACAGGGCCCCAUCAUUGAAAUCUACAUGGAAUAAAUUUUAAAGACACUGAGAAACUAGUUGAAGGGAGAACUACAAGGAAGGUAUGUGAAAGAAGACAUUUGAUUAAAACAGCCCUUUUUUGUUUGUUAACAGAAUUUUUCUAGAUAGAAGUAUUCCUAUCAGGAAAAAAAUUAAAUGGCGUGAAACAUGUUCUAAGGAGCUGGAUAUCAAGCAGACAUUUGCAUCAUAUUACUAAAUACAGUAUGCAAGAGCUAAAGCUUCCUAACAUCACUGCAAAACAGGCAAAAGACUUCCAAAAUUACCCUUUACCCUUGCCACUAAAUCUCUACUAGAUGUCUGGCAGACCAAGAUUAUGCUUUUCUUAUACCUAGUGCCUUUCUGUUUGCUGAAAAUGAGUGAAAAAUGUUGACAUCCUUCAGUAAUGGUAACAACAUUCGGUUUUGCAGGUUAGCAGAGGCUAAUGGGGUGAACUACCCUUCAUUCCAAUUGGGUAAGGAAAAAUGAUGAGCCCAUUGGUCCAUCUAGCUCAGUAUUGUCUAUCCUGGUGAGCAGCAGCUCUCCAGUGUUUCAGGAAGGACCUUUUCCCACCCAACCCAGAGAUGCCACCAAGGACUGGACCUGGGGCCUCCUGCAUGCAAGGGAGAUGGUCUGCCUCUUGAGUUGCAGUUCUUAGUAACACAUAUGCUUAUGGUGCUGCUUGAGUUUGGGCCGGAGACCAGGCUGGGAGUGGGGUGAUCCUUCCUUCUUCCCAAAGGCAUAUGGAAAAUAAUUCUUAAAAACAAAGAAAAUAUUUUAAAGACUUUAUGGAAAGCAAAAUGAGAAACACAACUGGUGACUAAAGAACACCCUAUUCAGCCACGUGUACUGAGAAGACCCAGCUUCCCCCUUUUUUAAUUCGAUGUGGACUAUUAAAACUGAAUUAAUUAAGAUAUAGUAGAAUGAAUUUCCUAUUUAUGUGACAGGAAGUUCAGACAGGAGCCUAAACUUACCGUUUUUAUGCUUUUGGUGCAUGCAGUAAUGAAUCUGCAAGAGCCUUAGAUGGAAGGGUGUUUAAUACUAGCAUGUAACUUACGCUUUGGAUUUAUGAUUGCUUUUCAUUUACUCUUCGAAGUCAAGGGGGCUUCCCAUACAGUUCUGGCGGGGAAAAUUGGGUCAGACAUUUAGCUAAUGCAGUAUGAGAUGUAUGACUGUGGAGUUCACCAGCAAGAACAAUUACAGUAAUAAAAUUUCUAUUUUUGAAUGAAAAAUGAUUACAUUAUAAAGUCUAAUCCAGGGUAAAUAUAAGGCAGGUUUGCUUAAAGUAAAUCACACAGAGAUACAAAUCAAGGAUUACAUCUAUUCAUCUGAAUCUUCUCAACUGGUGCAACUUAACGUCACAAGUUCAACUAAUGUCACUAAACGUUUGCAUGAUUAUGUUUUGAUUCAUGAUUACAAGAUGAUUCAAAGUUGUUGAGGCAAAAAUAGCCGCCUGGCAAAUUUUGUGUUAUAUUUGCCAUAUGAACGGAGAUAAAUAAAAUAUAAUCAAACGUAGCCAAUUUGAUUAAAGUCCUCUGGAGAGUGGACUACAUAUAGAAGAUUUAUAUAUGGAAAUCAAAUAGUUUCACACCAAUGGCAGCACUUGUCACUUCCAGAUUCAUUCCUUACAAGCUGUGACAUAAAAUGAGGAAAUAAAACCUAGGUGCACAUUUUGUAGUGAUGUUUAGGAUAUGUUAAUACCCCAGAGCCAUUGAAAAUAUACUCUAAAAGCUUUUAUGGGGGAUAAUCUAAGAUACUUCUGUUAUUACUGUAUUAAAACCUUAAAAAAUUAAACUUUAUUAGAUUAAAAUUAUUGGGGAAGAAGCUGAUCUGAUAAUACAGAAUGUAAUUUCUGCUAUUGUGUGCAUGUUAUUCUGGCAUGAGGUUUGGCAUUGAGCCAUCUUUCCCUUAUACAUUUUUAUCUCAUUAUUUGAGAAUAAGACUGCACUAUCAAUUAAAAAAUUGAUAAAAUAUUAUUCCCAAUCCAUUUCAUUUAAUUAAAUGCUGGGAGAAUGGGUUGGUUUUGUAUUGGGGUGAAUAUUUUACUUGUGUUUCUUGGGAAAGGGUCUUAUUUUGGGAUACAAACGGAAGUUGGCUGUAGUGACAAAAGUUUUGUUCCAUAUUCUCCUUUUAUCACAUAUCAUAGAGCAAAACCAUGUCAGAUUUUUAAAAAAUAAUAAUAAUCGAGAGUGAUUUAUUAUUAGCCUUUGAGGGACUGGUCACUAGGAGGUGGUUUUUGAUAUCUCAUGGCUUUUCUUUUCAAACUAUGCACAAUAGCCUCAUAAGCACACAUGCUCUAACUUUAUAAAGAUCUGCAAUAGUUUGACAUGCAGUCACAUUUUUUUUAGGUCACAUUUUUAAAGCAAUUUUGGCAUAAGGGUAAGUACAUCCAUUACAAAGGCUGGAAGUUGCAAGGGGUUGUAUCAUGUAAAGAGCCUAUCUGAAAGGGCCACCCCAUAUUGGAGACAAUGCUGCAUGAGAAAUUAGGUAACGUAAAGCAUAGUUGGUUCCAGAUAACCCAAAUUAGAUCUUUCACGAGCUCUGUACUGUCCAAAUUGAAAGGAAUUUGCUCCCAAACCUCGUUUGUUUACACUCCUUGGGGCAAUUGAAAGGGUUAGCAUCUCAGUUAUACAAACUGCUUGUUGAUAUCAUUAUAGGAUCCUCAGAAGGCUUGAGAAUGGUGUGCGAGGGAGAUAUAGGGCGUCUUGUUUUAUUCUAUUUAAUUUUUAGGGAUUCUUGUUUGUUUUAUGGUUUUUAACUCCCCAGAGGACAUUAUUGAGUGGUAUAUAAAUAUUGCAAAUAAAUAAAAUAAAAGGCAUAACACAGAAGGAAAGAAAGAUAGGGAGGAAAAAGGAAAAUAAGCAAAAUCUAGCACAGGUGCUUAAAGUUUGUGUACUAAGAAGCUUGAAUGGAAGCAUUUGGAGAGAGAAGAAGGGCGAACUGGAACUGACCUCUCAGCAGAGCCCGCGAAGUGUUUCCUGAUUCAUAUCAUUCCCUCUUCUACAGCCAGGUGGAAUGACUGCUGCAAGAUGGCAUAUGAAGGAGAGAUGGGAUCAAAUGUAGCUGGACUAUUAUAUUAGCAUAUGGUUUCCCCCUGUCUUUUCUCUGUGUAUCUAAGAAAAGGAAUUUAUACUAGCUGUAUUUUUGACAGAAUUAUAACUUGUUCUUUUUUUUCUGGUCCUGCAGGUUUUCAAAACACAGAUUCCUUUACCCGAAGGCAUUUCCCACAUGCUGCUCACAGGAUGGACUAUAUGGACUUUGAGGAUGAUAGCAGAGGAUUGCGAUUUGACAUGGACAUGGUGAUAAUCUACAUUUAUUCCAUCAAUUGGGUUAUAGGAUUCAUUGUGUUCUGCUUUCUCUGCUAUUUUUUCUUUCCCUUUUAAGGACUUCUAUUUCCCAUUGUUUCGUUCAGCCAUCAGGCAUGGGAACAGACAUACCCUGAUGUAAAGAGCAUGUAGAAGACUUGGAUUUACUGUUUUAAAAAUUGAAAUGGUUAAAAUAUCAAGAGUAACCCAGUGUCCGUUUUCUAAUCAUUAGGUUUUUCUGUUGCAUUUUGAACUUUGAAUUGUGAAGAAGUAUUUGUAUAUAGUGUGUAAUUUUACUAAUGCCUUCUAAAAUGGACACACAGUUUUCUGAUCGAAUACUUUCUUUUUGGUUCUGUAUUGCCAACAUUUAAGCACAUUAGAGCAGAUUCAAAUGUGCAUAUUCACUGCAAAGUGGCUUCAGCUACAAGCUACAAUUGGCAUGUUUGAAACAGUCUUCAUAGUUCACAUCCUACAGAUAGACCCUCCAUAUCACCUCAGAUAUAAUGAUUUCUGUGGAGGAGUUCACACCUUAAGCAGCUAGGCUUCCUUGUAAUGUUUGGAGUUCUCCAUAUGAUAUAUAUACUGCCAGUGGGAACAUUUUAGGGAAUGGAAUGUUCAGAGUUGGUCAGUGUCAUCAAGUAACAAAUAAUCAAGUGAUGGUGCAAGAUAUCAGGUGAUGAAUAUGAACAUGUGAAUCAGCCCUUUGUUUCUUUCUUAGCACUUGACAUGCAAGGUGGAAUAAGGUUACUUGCCUGUUACUUUAAGCUCACAUCUUAUACAGAUUCACACAUGCAUACAGAAUCAACUGAGGCAUGAAUGAGCAAUCACAGCUCAAGUCAGAAAGGUCGUAUCGCCACACAUUUCCUUAAACACAGUGUUUUUCAUUAGAGACUGCUCACACAUUCAGCUGUGUGUUGUCAAGUGUUGAAAAAUCAAAUAAUCUUUACUUGUGCACAAACUGCCCUUAGAUGUAAGAAGACUGGAAGCAUUGCAAAGAUACAUAUGUCACACAUUCUUGUAACACACACACACACACACACAACCUCAAUAUGUGGAAGAAUAGGUAACUGAAAAGAUUGUGGCAGAUUGUUGUUUGGCAUUCUGAUGUUAGUCCUGUUAAUCUCCUCUGCUCUCAGUAUGACUGGAUCUGGAUCCAGCCCAUAAUUUAACAUAGUAUUUAUUAUUUCUAAAGUGCCUAAAACAAAUCAAAACAGGGUGCUAUGAAACAGAGUUAACCACAAGAAAAUGGUGCCCCUCCAAUUACAAUCUAAGUGUGAGACAGCAGGUGUAACCUUUGGUCUGUCUAAGAGAUUUCUACUAGAGGAAAGCAAUGUAUACUGAGAAAUAGAGGCAACGAAAUGCAAGCGCUAAGAAGUUUUUUUUUUUAAAGCAUUUUUAAAUGAACACGAUAAGCCAAUGCAAAGAGAAAAGAAGAGGACAAACACUGUUGUAUUUACAGACAAGAAAGAUGAGAAAUAUUCAGAGCAAAAAAUAGAUAUUUAUCAUUUUAGAUAGCUUCUUAAUUAAAUAAGCCAGCUUCAUAAUCUAUGGUUUGAAGCUAGGUUGUUUAGAAAAUGACCAGAGUUUAUUUUAGACUAUGAUCUAUGCUUCUUACCAAAAUUCAUAGAAAGUGAAAUUAAAUACUGUACUGCAAACAUUUUUCUCCAAGCUGCACAGAAGUGCUGAGCUCAGGCUUGUUCUAGCUCAUGCACUUUGCGGUGAACCAUGGUUUACACGCAAGUCAGCCCAUACUCUCAAGUUCACAGCAUCUUAAUCUGCCAAUACUAUACACUGUUUUUAUAGCCCAAUCACAAAUAUCACUGGGAAACUACAAGGAUUCUUCUGAGAAAACACUAUCACAGAUGAGCAGCAACUCACUGAGCAAAUUUCUCAAAAUAACAGGGUUUUGCCCUUGCGGGGCCAAGCACAGGAAGCGUGCAGCCCUGGUGCGGGGCUGCCCAAGGUAGAAAUGAGACUCAUAACAUCAGUUUGGGGUUGAAAUAGACCACGACUUUAUUGAUUACAGAUGUAAGUAGGCUUAAGUGAAGGCAUUGGAAAUGCAUCAGGUAUCAAGCAGCUCACCAGCUGGUUGAUCAGAGGUUUGGUUGACCUUGAAUAGCAAGGCUAUCUAUUAUGUACAUUAAAUUGGGGUGAACCCUUCAGGGCCGCCACUUGGAAGGGUGCUAUGGCCCAUCUUCCCCCGUGUGGACUCCCAGAGACACCCCUUCCCAGAUCUCCUUUAGCCAAUAGGCUAAAGAUGCAACCCAAUGCCUUAUCCACCCGAAGUUGUGACAAUUGCUAUGAGGUAGGCAAAAGCCUGCCAACCAGCCAGUUUGUCUACUGGAAAAUAUCAUCCCUGGCCCCAAAUACAGCAACUGAGUAUUCCAUGGAAAGGUCUGCACGCUGCCUCACCCACCCUCCUUUGGGCAGGACCAUUCAGAAACAGGCUGGGAGGGUGAGGGAUCCAACAAUAUAUGAGCAGCCAACUUCUGCUACAACUUGCCUUUUAAAUUAUUUAGGCGGACUUGAAUGGAGCCAGGUCUGUUGCCAUAGCCACACUCCUUCAACACUCUGAUUGGUCCAUUCAAAUGGGCUUUCACACCUUACAAGGCAGCCACUUGAGUCGUGAAAUGAUGCAAUGGGACUGGGCCACGCCGGGCCGCAUACCAUGCUGCACUGCAGUCCCAGGUAACCAGCCAUCCUUUAAAUCUAUACCUGGCAGCUUCCUUCUGUCUGUGCCCCAUUCCUGACAUACUUUGUACAGUCAAUCUGUAAAGAUUUCCAUUUUAAUUCAUUAACUCUUUUAUCCAAUCUUUUUUGGCUCCCUCUUUUGUAUUUAGCUUGGGCCAGAAAAGCUUAAUCUGUAUUAUCUCAAAGGCAAAAUACAGACCAGCUGAAAGCCUGGGGAACACCUGAUGCUGCAGCUGUGCUAAAGCUAAGCAGCUGUUGCUUCUUCUAUGCAAUCCAUUAUAGAACUAUGGAUAUCUUUUAUCACUGUAUGUUCAAUAUAGCAAUACUGUGGGGCUGUUUAAGAAUGAAAAUAUAAACUUCAAGGUUUUAUUCAUAGAUCUGACAUGCAGUUUCCCUCACCAAAGGAUUUAGGUUGUUUGGUGCUUAUUUGUCAUAAGUCUAUGACUCAGUUGUUCCUGGCUCACCAUAAUGAAGAAUGUGAAGUACAUUUUCAGCCAAAAUGUGUUUUGUACUUUGGAGCUUUAACAAAAAAAGGGGGGGGAUAGUUCUGAAGAAAUAAUAAAGUAAUUGUUUUUCUUGACCUGACUGAUUUUUUUAAAUGUCAUUCUAUAAAACAAAAAGAUUUGAAAAUGUAAAUCAUUUGUAAGAAUGUAAUUAUGGUGCUUUAAAAAAUAAAUAUCAUUAAUAAACAUUAUAUCCAAAUCUAUUCAAAACUAUAAGAUAUAAGUAAUCUGGUAUAUCUUCUGUACUUACAUUAAUAAUCUGGUACACCAGCGCCAUAUAACAUAAUAUUUAGGACAAGUCCAUCCUCAUAUUACCUUUCAGUUACUACUGCACAUCAAAAGUUUAAGCUUAUAUAUCCAUAUGGAUGACUAUCCAUAUGGGAGGCUAGCACUCCACCUUCUCUCUGUCAAUUUCUUUCUUUGUUACCUGCACUGAUGGGCAAGCAUGAUGUUUCUAGGGUUGGAGGUACUCAUAUGCCAAGGACUAGAUUCUCAGAUGGGGUUGCAGGUCCAGGACAUGGUGUCUAUGGAGGACCCAACUGAUGUUGAAGUCUGGGUUGAUAUACCAGAUGAACCUCUGGUGUUGCUGGUUCAUCUGAGUUAUCUGUCCAGCACCUCAUCUACGUCAAAAUCAGAGCCUGAUACACUGCUCAGUGUGGUAGUCAUAAAAGGAAACAAGCACAUUAGUUGCUGAGAAAGUUCAGAAGCCUAUGCUCAUUAAGGACCAAACUAGAAGUACAGGGUAAAUGCAUUUGUGUCUUUCAUUAGCCUUUCAAACCCUGGAACAGAAGUCCGUUGUCACAUCCUAUUAAUAUUCAACUGAGCAAUGUUAUCCCAGCAAAGGCCUAAGAAAGGCUGAUUUAUAUCCUUGCAGUCAGCUCCUCUCUCUCUUUCUCUCUUCCUGAUCAUCUGCUGGCUCUCAAUGCACACUUGAACCUUCUCUAGUUUCUCACUCCUCUAAAGUAGACCCCUGGUAGGGAAACCCACUGAUGGCCCUCGAAGCACUCCUCUGCCAUCUGAUCUUCUGAGCUUGAUGUCUUAUCAGCUCCUGGGGGGUGAGGAUGUAGAAGGAGAGUCUGGGUCCAGGUGCUGAUGAUGCUCAGGGGGUCCAGGCAAAGUGUCUUUGGGACUUGGUCAGACUGUUCAACUAUGGCAUUGGGCUCUUCAAGCUCCCUGGUGGCACUGGAGGUCUUGGUAAAGUCUCAUUCCUCUUCCUCAGAUGAAGUCCCCCAAGAGUCAUGGCCAGGCUGGACUCCAACAGUGCAUGUUAAACAUGUGUUUGGCCCAUUCAAAUAUAAAGUAAGGCUGGUGAGAAGAAGUGGGGGGGGGGGGAGAGAGAAAUUAAAACCUGCACUCUAUAUGAUCUGUCACCUUUGUUCUCCAUAUCUGUGCUCCGCAACUACAAGCACGAGGGUGAUCUGAAAGUGGAGAUGUUGACAUCAGGCCCUUGUCAUGGUCAAAUCACUUCCUGUUGAGAUUUAGGCUUUCAGUGCCUACAUAGCUGAGAGUAAGCCAUACUUAACAAUACUGUGUAUAGGAUUGCACUGUUAAAAUCUCAUCUAGCCCUAAAAGUUGGACCUGGAAUUGUCCUUCAGGCCUUGAAAAUAUUGAAGUUGUUGAAGACUAUGGUUGCAGUUGAUACCAAAUUGAACUCUCAUUCUUGGCAGCUGUUGAUCACUUAGAGAAAGUUCUUUUCAGAAAGCCAUAGCCAGAGCAUAUUUCAAAUGAAACUUCUGUCUUUGUAGGCGAUGGCAUUAAGCAAAUGGGACAUAUUAUGAAUGUCUCCUCCUUACCAGCCCUAGCUUCCAGAACAGGACUGGAUCCAGGCACCACUAAAUCAAUACUGACUGUUUCGCUGGUUCAGGAACCCAUAGGAACAGAUCUGUAAUCAUGGCAAAUGUAACAAAUUCAUUAGUUAAUGGAAAUGAAGGACUCUGGAAUUCAAAUUUACUUUACUGAAUAAGUGAGAAUGCAAGGUCCAAUUUGGGGAAUGCCCAAAACUUUGGGAAUACAGAUGGAAAUUAAUGUAGAGAGUAGGGUUUUUUUUCCUCUUUAACUCAUUGCCUCCUUAUAAGUAAAACUUGUUGAAAUGUUUGGGCUCCAUCCUGUUCUGCUAAACCAGACAUAGGGAGCCAUUGGCCCUCCAUAUGUUGCUGAACUAAACUCCCAUCAUUCCUGACCAUUCACCAUGCUUCCUGAGACUGGUGGGCAACAUUAGGAAGUCAAAGGUUCCCCUCAGCUGUGCUAAACAAACAGGUGAAGCUGCUGUGUUGGCUUCCUUAUGGCUGUCAAUUUUAUGUCUCUGCUUUAAUUCCCUAUGUACUUGGAAGCAAUAGACACCACUCUUCACUUUUUGUAAAAGUAUUGGUCUGUGUUCCCUGCAUGAAAACCUAAAACAGCUUGAAGAGCUUUAGUUUGAAAAUUGAUCUAGCAUAUCUGGCUGCAAUACGAUCUCAAUGUCACCAUAAUAGCAGUGUAACUGCACGAAUAUUCAAGUUUCAAAGGAUGGUGAAUUCAGAGCACAGGUAAAGGGAUAACCUCACGUAUUUCGGAGGCAGCAAUGGGGAGAAAGGAGGACAGAUAAGAACCUCAUGGAGAGGCAGAGGUAGGGAAAGAUGCAUUUAUGUCAGAGCAAGAUGGUGUGGUUUAAAAAAAAACAAAAACCAGAAGAAGACCCACAAGGAUGGGCCACUGAAUCCAUCCCCAGUCAGAUUUUAGUCUGGUAUGAGAGAUGUAGAAGUUUAUUGAUAUACAUUAAUGGAAAGGUGGGAUGCACAACCUUCAAAGAAAUGUGAUUUAUAUAAUGAAAAAAGUCUAAUGCAGUGGUAUUUCUGUGGAAAGAUGGGCUAUUCUUGUUGGUCCUUGUCUGGUGGAGGUGAGGGUGGGAAGAGUGUUCUGGAGUGGCUCAGUAAGUGUAGUGCCAAUCCACUAAAGCACUGUUUUCCAUACUUCUGAUAUAUAAAGCAUACUUCUCCUGAUGGAAAGUACUGCACCUAUGAAUCUAAACAUAAUGACACCAGGUGAACCUCACUGGGGAAGCUGUUCCAUGACUGCGGUACCAGAGUAAAAAAAAAAAAAAACUUUCUCAAAAGUUUUUUUUAUCUUACCUCUGAAAGGAAGAUGCAUUCAGAAAAGGGAAUCUGAAAGCACCAGAUGGUGGAUAUGAGAGUGAGGGGUUCUUCAAGUAACGGGAUCCAAAGUAGUUUGGGCUUUAACAGGACAUACUAGCAGUUAUUUGAGAAGAAAGUAGGGUGGAUUUAUUAAUCAGUGGUUAGAGUGUUAGACUAGGACCUGGGAAACCAGGUUUCAAAGCCCAACUCAGCCACAAAGCUUACCAAGAGACCUUGGCCCAGUCACUGUCUCUGAACCUAACCAACUGAGAGGGGAAGAAUUAUGUGAGAUCCUUGGUGAAAAGGUAGGGAAUUAAUAGAAGGAGGAGGAAGAGGCUUCAAAAACCACCUAAUUUUCUACUGGGGGGUUACAUUCUAGGCCCAAUUCAAAGUACUUGCAUUAGUGUUUAAAGCCCUAAACAACAAAGACCCCAAAUAUCUGAAAGACCGCUUCCUUCACCAUAGACUGUCUUGGGUGCUAAGAUCAGUGGAGGGGCACACUUGAUGACUCCACCCCCAAGGACCCACUUUAUGUUUUGUGAUUGCAUGUUGUUGUUGGUGGUGGUGUUGUUGACAUCCAUCUAUCUUGAGAGAUAAGGGGUGAAGAGAAACUGCUGCAUUAGCAGCACCGAAGUAACCUCCCCAACGUUCAAGCCUGAGUGGUGUGCAUGAAUGCCCUGGGCUGUCCAAGACAAGACACACACACCCCUUCGCCUUGCAGAUGUGGUCCAAAGGAAAGCAGAACAAUACAUUGGCACAAAUUAUUGGCUGCAGGAGUUGCCAUUAAAGGUAAAGGGACCCCUGACCGUUAGGUCCAGUCGUGGCCGACUCUGGGGUUGCGGCGCUCAUCUCGCUUUAUUGGCCGAGGGAGCCGGCAUACAGCUUCCGGGUCAUGUGGCCAGCAUGACUAAGCCGCUUCUGGCGAACCAGAGCAGCGCACGGAAACGCCGUUUACCUUCCUGCCUGAGCAGUACCUAUUUAUCUACUUGCACUUUGACAUGCUUUCGAACUGCUAGGUUGGCAGGAGCAGGGACCGAGCAACGGGAGCUCACCCCAUCGCGGGGAUUCAAACUGCUGAUCUGAUUGGCAAGUCUUAGGCUCUGUGGUUUAACCCACAGCGCCACCCGCGUACUGAUUGAGUUGCCAUUAGGAAGCAUCUAAUGUUUCUUUUUUGUAAGUUUUUAAAACUGUUUUUAAUGUUUUAUUUUAAAUUGUUGUAACCCAUCUUGGGAUCUGAGUGUGAAAGAAAGGUAAUAAAUUAAAAUAAUAAGAAUAAUACCAACAUAUGUCAACACUGUAAGGAGAUCAGGGCUUCCCGUUUUACCACACCAUAGUUCUUGUCACACAUGACUUCGGCUACAGUGCAUUUCCGUAGGACAGGAAGGCAAUCACGCUGGAAACCAAGUGUGACCAAAGGACAAACUGGUGUACAAACAUAUAAAAAUAUGCUUGCUUUCUCAUAAAAACAUAUUCAUGUGAGAACAUGGACUGGAAUUAAUGGAACUUAAGAGUCAACAGAGCUAUAUUUGGCACUAAUUAAUUCUAGAAAAGAAAGGGGUUUAGUUUUCUGACAUAAUAGUCUAUUACAUUACAGUGUUCAUUAAAUGAGGAAAUGAAAAUAAUAGAGCUUUAAAUACCUUUUAUUAUCUCACCCUGCCUACAAUAAUAAUGCUAUGGGAAUCUCAGCUUUUUAGACAAUCUAGCUACCUUUAAAGAAUAUUUGUUUGACUCAUAGCCUACAUGUAAAUAGGAAGGGGGGGUGUUUAUCCCUCCUAUUUUCAGUCUACAAAACUGUUUGGCCCAGGCAAGCUGAGCCAAUAUGACAAGUUUUUUUUUAAUAUAUUGGUAUUUUUAUAUUCCUCUGCCCCACACAGAAAAGCUCCCAAAGUUUACAUCUAAUGCCAACACUGUGUUCAGCAUAGCUCAUAAUGCACGCAGUUUGUAUGUUUCACACUCACCUCACACUGAGGCCUUGUCCACACCAGUUUACUGAGUAUUUACAGUUGUUUUCAUUCCCAUUUCAUUUGUGUACUCCACGUGACACUCCCCUCAAACAUCAGCCUUGAUGUUUCCCCCCUGAAAAUUCUGGUUUACCUGAUAUGGAAAUAAUCCAGUAAAUUGGGGAAAAUUGGGUUCCAAAUCUUCCUAAUGUUUAGUUAGAAUCACCUGUGUUGUAAUUUGAGACCAUUGUGUCAGGUCCUCCCAUGUGGAGCAGCAUAAAACAAGCUUGUUCUCCGUCUUCCAUGUGACAACCCCUCAGAUAUUUGAACAUGGCUAUCUUAUCACCUCUCAGCAGGGCUAGCCGACCCAUGAGGCAAGGUGAGGCGACUGCUUCAGGCAGCAGGAUACAUGGGGGCAAAGGAUCUGGCCUCCAAGGAAUGCAUUGCCCGCUGCUUCCACCACUAUUGCAGUAUCAGCAAUGGCUGUGGAGAACUCCUUGGAGGCCAGAUCCGCUGCCUCAGCAUCAGCCCCUAAAAUGCUGCCUCUACUGUGGCCUCUUGGUGAACAGGAUGUGCUGCUGGUCUCUCCCCCCACCCCCACCCCAUAGGAGGAAAUGGUGGGGGCUGCCCUCGGGGGUUUCGUCGGGUCUACACCUGGCCAGCAUGAUUCAGAGUGGGCCCCUUUCCACCCCCCACACCCCAUGACAGCCUUUAAUUCCCCCUUCAACCAUCGGGUAAGGUUGAUCUGAUUCCCUUCCCUUGUUCCUGAUGUAGAUCUUCACUCUUGAUCCUACUGUAGAUCUUCAAGCAUCCCUUCUUCCCUGUCUGAGGGCGGCACCAUUUUGUCUUGGACCAGCCAAAAUGUCUUGGACCAGCCCUGCCUCUCAGUCUCCUCUGGGCUAAACAUACCCAACAUACCCAAGUCCUUAGUUUCCAGACUCUUGAUCAUCUUGAUCACUCUCCUCUGCACAUUUUCCAGCUUGUUAAUAUCCUUCUUAAAUUAUGGCACCCAGAACUGGACACAGAAUUCAAGGUGGGAAUAGUAUUCCAAAGCAGAAUAGGGCAAUGCUAUCACUUUCCUUGAUCUGAACACUAUACUUCUGUUGAAGCAGCCUAGAAUAGCAUUAGGGGUUUUUUGCUGCUGCAUCACACUCUUGACUCAUGUUAAGCUUGUGGUCUACUAAGACUCUUAGAUCCUUUUCACAUGUACUAUUGGGAAGCCAGGUGUCCCCCAUCUUAUAUUUGUGCAGCUAGUUAUUCCUGCCUAAGUGUAGAACCUUACUACUGCUUUGUUAUGUUACAUGUUCUUGCUUUUAAAUGCAUGUCAUUUAUGAUUAUGUAAGCUGCAGACGUGGCCUAUAAAUAAGGAAAUAGAAAUGAUGAUGACAGUGAUGAUGUAGGCAUCCAUCAAGUUGCAUUUUAUUCAGCAACAGCCAGUCAGUUUAUUAUCACCAUUGAGUACUCAGUCCCCAUUGGGUUGUUUUGAGGAUCCUUCCACUUUUCCCUCUCUAAAUGAUUUGAUAUGCUUCUGCAAACCUCAGGGUUUCCCCAAGCCUGAUAAUAAUUCCCUCUUAUGCAUAGGUGUUGUCAUUUUGGCUACAAAAAUGGCACCCACAUCAGGAGCAAAGGAAAUGAUUUGAAAAUAAGUGCAGAGCCCCGACAGGAACUCUCUACAUACCUCUGACUGAUUUUACGUAUGUUGAGCUGUCCCAUUGUGAAUACAACUUGGGAUAAUACAGUAUACCCGUUUUUAGACUAUCCAAGCAGUUUGAAUAUAGGCUGCUCAGAGCUGUUUUUAUAAUCAGGCUUACAGGGCUAUCUGACUUCCAGUCAUGCAGAAUUUUGAAGGAAAGCUUUUUGCUGACCUUUCUACUUCUUUUUGUGUAAAGAUUUUCAAAUGAAUUUGAAGCGCAUAAAAAUGGUUUUUCAUUUCAGUGGCUUUAACCAGCAUAGAGUAGCAUAGUAAUAUUUUCAUGAGCUGUACAUUAGUUUAAUUCAGAAACAGCUUGUCUGGUCUUUUCUCCAAAUAGAGAUUGACCAGUUUAGUCAGUUAACUGAUCAGUUAAAACAUUAAAAACUAUAGUAAGUAUGUUGAAAUGGGUGACAUCUGGAACAUAUUUAACCAUGCUUAAAUAAGGAGGUAAUUUCACUGGGCAAACUAAACCACAGCAAUUGUUUGUUUACUGAAAUAAGUGUGUGUGUGUGUCCAGAGAACUGCACACUUAAAAAUAUCCUUUAUUGGUUUUGUAAAUGAGAACAUAACAGGACCCCCUUUCCCCCAAUUAUAUGUUUUUUAACACUGGCACUAGCAGUAAAUAUCUUUGCCCAGGUUAUAGCCUGUGAUUAAGGAUCAAUUAAUGUUUUCAGACCAAAUUAAAAUGAAACGCUAGGCAAAAUAAAUGCAAGCUGACAGCAAAGGAUACUAAAAAGAAUUUGAGGAGCACAUUGCUAAAAUAUUUAAGGCCAUAAAAUUAAUAAUCUUUAAAUAUGCUAAUAUCAUGAGACUGGUUAGAGAGGCAGUUGGACCCUUGAAUGGCAAGGGAGUUGAAGAUGCACUAAAGGAGGAUAAUGAGAUUGCAAAGAAUCUGAAGAGAAUAUGUAAAAUAAAAUGAAAACCAGAAUCAAAACAUUCUAACACAAAUAAUAUCACUGCAGUUUCUCUUUACACCACUAAGGUACCAUUUCCCCAACGCUCUGACUUGGCAUGAGAUGGUUAUCCGAAUCCGAAUCUGAUUUCUCACAAUCGUUGCUAGGAAGUGGAGAAAAUGCAUGGAAACUAUUCGAAGCUGUCGCAAGUGUUCCUUCAUGUUCUUUGAAAUGUGGCAGGUCCUUCCUUCUACACCCGGCACAGCAAUUAUCGCUUCUUUUUCCUCUGUUUGUGUUUCAAAGGCUUGAAAUUAAAUAACGAGAUAUUAGUCACUGGCUUAUUAAGACCUGUCUUGUGCUCUUAUGCUUAAAGUCUUUCCCUGUUUUAACAACACUUUCAGGGAUACUUCAGCUGUGGUCUACAAACCAGUUCAGCCAAAGAAUGCAUAUAAACCAGUUAGAACCAUCUUGGGUUCCAGCCCCAUGUUGGGCAAAAGAUUCCUGCAUUGCAGGGGGUUGGGCCAGAUGAGCCUUGGGGGUCCCUUCCAACUCUGCAAUUCUAUUAUUCUAAGCUCAGUAUUGUCUACAUUGACUGGCAACAGUUCUCCAGCCCUACUUGGACAUCCUGCAGAUUGAGAUUGGGAUCUUCCAGUGAGCUUGUGCCGUUUUUCAUUUGCUACAGAAAUAUUAUAUUUCAUCAUAGCACACAAUACAUGAUUCUGUCCUUAGUUUUUUUCAUCAGUUUCUUUUGCUCCAGAGCAGUGAUUCAGAUUAUCCUUUGAAGAUACCCAUAUAAUAACUAUGUUUUGCCCCAUGGAGCAGCUUUGGUGAAGAUCCAUUUCAGUUGGAAAAAGGAAUAUGGGGAAAGCAUUAAAACACUUUUCCCCCAGUGCCCUCCCCCAGACUGCUUUCUUUAAAAAAUAUUAUUUAUUUAUUUUUUUAAUCAGCAGGAUGUCUCACACUAUAUCUAGUUUGACCCUUAGGUUUAGGAGAAGUCUAGCAAAUCUAUUCAACAGUUGUUGUUGUUGUUGUUAUUGUUGUUGAGAGAAAGAAAUGUAUUGUAUUAGUGCAAAGGGUUGGUUUUUAAAAAAUGAAACAUGAAGUUCUUGGUCCUUAAACAGCUCUUCCCUUAUUUUCUUUAUAUAUUAUGUCACUUCCCCAAUCCUUUCUGGAUUGAAGGUUACAAAUUAGUUUGACAUCAUUGCAGGCAGCAUACUUGGGCCAAUUCUCUAGCUUUUUAUCAAAUUAAAAAAAAGUUUUUGAGAGAUAAAUCACAAGAGUAUACAUUCUUGCGUUAAGACUUUGAUAGUUUAAGUCAAUGAGAAUGGUUUAAAGCCAGCUUGUCCUCACAAUCCAAAAUGCUUUUAAAGUGGAUGAACUGGAGGAAUGAUGAGCAGCCCACACAACAGCAAGAGUAGCUUUUGCAGACAAGCAUCACCCAGAAACAACUAAGUGAACAGCCAACAGCUAACUGUGUUUGUGCUCUUUGCUCCCUUCUGGCUGUCUGAAGAUGGCAUAUUGAAUUAUGUGGGUGAUGCCACCAGGGCAGUUCACACAAGACAUUACUUUCUUUGUGAAUCUUCCAUUACGUAUCUAUUCAUUACCAUUUGGAAAUUUGGACACUGUGUAGCAAGAAUUUGUAGCAAUUUUUCCAGCUGUCAAGUUCACAAGUACAGUAUUGCUGAGACUGCACCCAUUACAGCUUAGUUCCCACUGUCAUCCAGGAUACAUUACAUUACAUUACAUUACAUUACAUUACAUUACAUUACAUUACAUUACAUUGAUGAGCUGGCUCUUUGUAGUGCUGGGUUCAAAGGCUGGCUUACCUUUUUGUUCAUUUAUGAAUCACUUCCCGUGAAACACCCCAAAGCUAUCAACAAUAAAAACAUCAGCAAUAAGAAGAUAUAUAAAAACAAUUUCUAGCCCAAUGCAGAUAAAGACUACUCAGCAUCACUUGGAGAAAUAGAAGUGUGAACUGAGCUUUUUAUGGUUUUAAUAAACUCAAAUUAGAUCAGCUCAAAUCCCUUCCUGCCCCAUACGAUUGACUCAGUGGUGGAAGUUGUUUUGUAACUUAUUUAUUUUUUAAAGGAAACUAUGCCUUCAUUGAAAAAGUGUAAGAGAGAGGAAACACUGGCAAUAGUCCCAGAUGUAUCAAUGCUGCCUGCAUGAGGAUGUGAUGCCAAAUAACAAGAAGUCUAGAUUUGAAAUGUGCAUUUCUAAUUCACUGUGACACAGAACAAUUAAUAGUCCAUACUUCAUUAGUCAUAGCAAUUGCAUUAAUUCUGGUAACAACAAAGGUAGCGAAAUUCCACUAAGACUAAUUUCCUAGCACAAUGUCAGCUAUCCACCUUCUGGAGGCUCUGAACCUUAACCAGCCCUCUAAGAGGGAAACAAAGCUGGACUGGAAGUGGAAGGCUUCUCAUUGUAGGUGUACAAAUGUUGCAGCAUGUGUUCCAUUUCUUACAUAAGUCUCUGGGCAGCAAAAGCAGCAGGUGGCUACAGAGUUGAAGAGAACAGUAAGCUUGGCAAGGCAGCAGUGGGUGAGACAGCUGGACUGGGGAAGGAAUCUUGGAUGAGCCACCUACUAGAAGCACCUAGGGAAGGUCCAUCAGGCUGACGGGACUCUAUAAUCCCACAAAGAUCCACCUAUAACUAAGCAACCCAAGGAACAUCAGAGCUAAUGAAGAGUUGAGUCCCCCCACCAACAUCAGUGGAAGCUACUUCAUCAGGGCAAAUGGGGCACUGCCUCCAUCUGCCCUCAGCCAGCCCCCACCUGCCUGCCUUCUUUCUUACAACCAAUCCAAGGGGGUGGCCCUAUCUAUCAGAUUCCUCCUGCUUGGUCUCAGUAAUGCCUUUUAGAACUUAGCAUGGAGGAGGAUGGGGGACAAAAAGCAGAAUUAGUUGACUCUGCUUGUCAUUGGUUCCAGCUCCACCCUCGAUUGGUCUCCUUGCCUUUCAUCUUACCAAGCUCACUGGGCACCAGCCAUCACCGCCUCGCAUCCUGACAGAGAGCAGGAUUAGGAGGUUGGAAAGGAGGGAUUUCCUUCCUGAGAUGUCAGAUGACCAGCUUUCAACCCUGCCUUUUGACUUAAAAGGAGAAACAACCUGACAUAAACUUCUUUUCUUUUAGCUAGGUGAAAAAGCAGUGGUAACCAAACAUAUUUCCAGUAGAGAAAAUAAUUAACAUGGCAUAUAUGGAGGAAUACACAAUGGUUUAUUUUAGGACAACAUUCCUUUGGGCAAAAUUACUUACUUAUUUGUAAUAUGCCAUUAUCUAUUUACCUAUUAAUGAAGAGAGUGUGGAUUUUGUAAUUAAACUCAUUCAGUGACCAGAGAAGCAUUGCUUGAUUUCUCGUACAAUCUUGACGGAGUCAAAGUGAUUAAUAACUACUGUGGAAAGUGUCAGCACAGUUUCUGUAUCAAAUAACCUGGAGCAAUUCUGAAACUUCAUGUAGCCAUCCUUUCCCUGAAAAAUCACAGACUUUAAACUUGUUCCCAAGUAUACAUACUCUUUCAGAUACAGGCAUCUAAAUACAUAUUUGAAAUGUGCAUUUGAUUAUAUGCACAAUGAGCAUAAUAAAGGAUGAUUAUAUGAAGAUUUACUGGCAAACUAAGAAUGAUGAAGACUCAAAUAUAUCCAAUGUAAACAUUCACUUUGGCAUUACUCAUAGAGCAAUGCUCUUCGAGUGCAGCUUCGAAAUCUAAAUAUUCAUAUGUGAUAUUUACCAGGUUUGUUUAGUAUAUUUGUUAAAUUUAUCUCCAACAUUUCCUUUAGCUUCAAUUAGAAUAUGGUGUAUAUAUGACACCAUAAGGCAAAUGUGGAGAGACCGUCAUGAAAAGGGUACUUUGCAGCAUCUGUGGUACACCUGACCCCUGGGUGGAAGCAUUUUAAUGUCUUUGAAAGGGCUGUGUGCAUAGCCUCAUCUGUUAAAUCAAAGUGGGAAACUGAGCAUCCUGCACCCAUUUGGGCACAUGCUUCCCCAAACAGAUGGGGAUAUAAAUGGGGAAGUCUGCUUCCUUGAAUUAAGUGCAUGAGCUGGCUUUGGACAAGAAUCUUUAUUAGGUUAUAGUUUUCAAUUUUCUGUUGUUUUCAUCUUAAAUUAUGUCACACAAUUAUUGCUUUCAGUUUUGUAUUCAAUAUUAAAAAUAAAAUUCUACAUAAAUAAAAGUCAGUUUGUGAAAGAUUGAAAUAUUAAUUUAGAACAAAUGGUGUCCAAGUUGCACAGACUCUGUUUUCUGCUCCUUUCUGCAGUUGUGUCCAUUCUCACAAGAAUGUAGGAAGGCAUCCCUGCCACCAUAGAGACAGGGCUGCCUUCCCACCAACUCAUUUGUACCUGUGAAUGAAGGCAGGGGAAAGGGGUGUCACCCUGGCAAAUAAGACAGUGCUUCCUGCUUGGCACUACAUAUGACUUGCCUUCCCACUCUCACCACCCCCUGCACAGUGUCACCUCCAUCCCUCCACACCAGAGAUGGGCAGAUGUGGAGAUACAUCCAGAAGUGUCUUGUCAGAUGAGGGAAAGUUGCUGGUCAGUUGCUGUUGCUUACUUGGAGAAACGGGGAAAGGGGCGGGGAUCUCAGUGCAGUGCAAACACAAUUGUGAAGCGAAUCCAGUGGGCCUGCAAGUGUGUUUGCAUUGUGCCAACCUCUCUGCCGCAACAGCAACUUACCUGCCAAAGCUUCCUAUGGCUGUUAUGGGUAGUGUUUCAUUUUGAUGGUAUAAUGCAAGGAUUCCCUAACUGUGGUCCAUGGACCGUUAGUGCUCCACGAGGUUCAUCAGGUGGUCCACACGUCUGAAAAAAUACAAUUAAAAAUAAUACAGCAUCUGGCACAGUGCAUUAAAGUUGCACUAGGUGGUCUGCCAUGACCCUCAGAAUUUUUUAAGUGGUCUGCAGGAUGAAAAGAAUGGGAAACACAGGCGUGAUGUAUUCUUAUUAAUGUUUUCAAAUGUCUUGUAAUUUGCUUGGAGACUUUCAGGUAACAGGCAACUAACAAGUCUAAUAAACAGAGUAGAGUAUUUAUUUAUUUUGGUCAAUAACCAGUUGAGUCUAAUAAACAUUAACAAUUAUUAUUGAUAACAAUGAUAAUCAGCUAGAUUAGCAGGUGUGUACUUUCUUACAUUUUUAUAAAUGAUGAAGACUAUGAUGUGAUACAAAAUGUAAGUGAAAACAGAAAUGGUUGAAGAAUGUGGAAUAUUUAAACAUGUACCAAGUUGUACACAUACUAUAUUAGCUACAACUUGCAUUUCACUAUAAAGUCCUGGAUAUGAAGAUACCUUAUCCCAGGUCAGACUAUUACUUAAACCACUCAUGAAAGAUUAUCAUUGAUGUCACCUUCACAAUUUUCAGGUAAGAAGUUUUUGUAAUUCCUAUCAUAAAUGUCUUCCAUUGCGUGGACAGGCGGAGUCCCCAGAUCCCGCGCGGUCCCCCCCCGUCAUGUGAAAUAACGACUCAUGACAACGUGCUAUGGGAUUAAAUUGGCCACAACUUUAUUAAAUUUCAAAUGUGGGUAGACCUUGGCUCAGGCAUUGGGCGUUCUCCCUCCCCAGUCCCCAGCCGGGGACCUAGGGAGCAUCAGGGUUAUCCAGUGGGGGGGGGAUGGGCCGGCUCUGGAGAACAUAUGUUCAAGCAGAGAUAGCCGCCCCCGUUACGCCGCUACCGCAGGGGACAGCAAUGACGACCUUUCGGCGUACGGUCAAAGCCUCCCUUCAGAAACCCCUUUAACGGGAACCCUGGUAUCGCCGCCGCAAAGAGGAAGAUGAACUAAAGGAUUCCGCCCAAGGCCUGAUACCGCCAAAGUUGUGACGUUUUGCUACGGGAAAGGCGAAACCUGCCAAUGCAGGGAAAUUCCUUUCUGGCCCUUUAACAGCGACCUUAUCGUAGCAGCGCCCGCAUACCUGUGAAGAAAAGUUAACCUGCAAAACCUGUGACGAAAAGUUAACCUGCAAAUAAGACAUUAACUGAGGGUGGGUAGGGUGGGAGAAGCUCUGGAGCCAAGUGAGGAUUCCCAGGUAAGAUCCUCCCUCUAUUGUGUGGGCAGGUAAUCCCUCCCCUACCUGGCCUGGUCUCCUUGGCAACACUUCCCCCAGGUGGGAUUGGACAACUGACUGAGGUAGGCGGAGACCUCCAGGUAUCCCACCUGAGGGAAGGCAAACCAAGCCUAUGCUGUUGGAGCCGCUCCAGAUCUAGGGGCUGCGCGCGUCCACGCAAAGGGCACCCCCCGUUUUAAGCGUGGAGUGGUCAUUGCGUGGACAGGCGGAGUCCCCAGAUCCCGCGCGGUCCCCCCCCGUCAUGUGAAAUAACGACUCAUGACAACGUGCUAUGGGAUUAAAUUGGCCACAACUUUAUUAAAUUUCAAAUGUGGGUAGACCUUGGCUCAGGCAUUGGGCGUUCUCCCUCCCCAGUCCCCAGCCGGGGACCUAGGGAGCAUCAGGGUUAUCCAGUAGGGGGGGGGAUGGGCCGGCUCUGGAGAACAUAUGUUCAAGCAGAGAUAGCCGCCCCCGUUUUGCCGCCGCAGGGGAGAGCAACCUGGCCUGGUCUCCUUGGCAACGCUUCCCCCAGGUGGGAUUGGACAACUGACUGAGGUAGGCGGAGACCUCCAGGUAUCCCACCUGAGGGAAGGCAAACCAAGCCUAUGCUGUUGGAGCCGCUCCAGAUCUAGGGGCUGCGCACGUCUAUGCAAAGGGCACCCCCCGUUUUAAGCGUGGAGCGGUCAUUGCCUCGCUUGUCCACCAGUUGUUAUUUCCUUCCAACGUGGUACGGUCAUAAGAAAUAGUUUUGUCAAAUGGAAUAAUCAUCACUAUAGUUCAAAAUAGCAUAUUAAAAGAAGUGCUUACAUUAGCUAAGUAUUCCUUAACAGCAAGUUGAUAGAUCUGAUUUUGCUUUAAAUACCAUCCUUUAAUUUUUACAGAGUCUUUUAAAAUGCUCUGGUUCUGCAUUUGGAUCAAAUCCAAAUUCUAUUCCUGCUACUUGAGGAAACCUAAAUGUUAAUAAAAACAGUUUAUAUUUUAUAUUAUGAUGAAUAAACUCACACAUUAAUAUUCUCUACAUUUCAGCCCUCUUUCAAAAUCAAUACAAUCUAUUCCUCCAUGUGCUAACAUUUAACACACAUUGAUUAAUAAUGCUACGCAGAUAACAGUUCCUGCUCCACCUCUGUGAGCUCCUUCUCUAGCCUUCCUCUAAUUUCAGCUACCCCUAGUGCACUAUCCAAGAAGCCUGCCUUGACCUAUUAAAUUUAGCAAGACACUCUAGUUUCCAAACAUGAAAUACAGCACAGAGCACAGAUGUUUGGAAUGUACACAGGCAGGAGCCGAUUAAAGCAAGUGUGAGACUGAAAGAACUUUGCACACAGCUGCACUGGGUUUCUGAACAAAUCUGCAUGGGCUUCAUACAGAGCUGGCAUGGGAGUUGUGCUCCAAUUGCCAGCUGAGAGGCACAGCAAAGCCUUGUCUCACUCUCUUUUGCGUUAAAGUGCAACUGGCUAUUUGUCUUCCAUAAAAAAGAGGUUUGCCACAUAUGGUAGGUGCAAAACAUAAUGUUUAGUGCAGCCUCUGGCAUUCUUAUCUUCACGAGGAGGUUUCUAACUCUCAUUAUUGUAGGCAAAGCAUAUGCUCUACCACUGACCUAUGUCCCUCCUCCCCAAGCCGUUGAUACUUUUGAUUCAAGAGUUGGUUCAUAUGCAAUCACAUAUACGGAUGGACAAAUCUGUCAAGAUUCUCAUUUUUCCAUUCUUAAGUUCAAUUCUCCACAUUUCUGUAUCAGUUUGCAAAACAUUUUUAAAUAUUAAUUUCUCCUAAUGUAUACAUUUUAUAUUCCUAAUAUACAAAUUUGUGCAAAGCAAUUUUCCUUAAUAUAAUACAUUUCAGUAUGUUUUUCUCAUGAAUAUAUGCAUUCUUAUGCACAGUUUACUGCAGUGUAUGCACUUUUAUACACCUUACAGUCGUACCUCAUCUCCCGAACACCUUGGGAAUCAGACGUUCCAGCUCCCAAAAAAUCAAAAACCGGAAGUGACUGUUCCAGUUUUUGAACUUUUUUUGGAAGCCAAACAUCUGGCGUGGCUUCCACUAUUGUUUCCGGCGCACCUGCACAAUUGGAAACCAAUUGGAAGCCGUGCCUUGGUUUCCGAACAUUUCAGAAGUCGAACAGACUUCUGGAACGGAUUCCGUUCGACUUCCGAGGUACGACUGUACUUGAUUGGGGAACUACAUCACAAAAUUCUCAGAAGCUCACAUUUCAAAAGAUGAGUGUAUUUCAAUUGUUUCAGAAAGUAAACUUGGUAGGUUCACCUUUAAAUGCAAAUGGAAUCCAGUUUCUCCCCCAUUCCUAUAUUAGAUGCCAAGAUUCUGUGAAAGUGAAACUAAAUGCUGGCAAAGUCCUUCUCCUGGCAACUAAGGAGGAGGGGAGGGGAAGCAUGCAAAUCCAGGCCUUCACUUCAGCUCAUUCCGGCUAAUGUGCAUAGCACUAAACCAUAGUUUAGUGUGACAUAAAUUCAGAGAGUAAGAAUAGUAUAAUUUGCAUGCAAUAUGGAAAUUGAUAAAUGCUGACUGUUACAACAUUAAAAAUCCAUUUUCAGAGGAGUUCAGGAGUCGGAGGAAGAGGCACUUAAAAAAAUAUAUACUUCAUACCUUCCAUCAAGAGCUGGGUAUCUAUAAACUCCAUUUUCAAGAGCUUCCAGCAGUUGUUUGCCUGUCACUCUGAUGACGAGAAGGGCAUCAAUAAAGGGAAGAAUAUUCAAAAGGUCAUGCAUUGUAAAGUCUCCUGCUGGGUGUAUUCGAUUUGAGUGAAGUGUUCCUAUAAAAAUCAAAAUGAAAUCACCAGCCAAAAUUGCAACACUGCUUUGUGAAACUGAACAGAUAAACAAUUAAUGUUGUUUUAUUUAAACAGUAGUGAUGCUGGUUCAGUAUUUCAGUGGGAAAAUGUUUAAGUCAGGGCACAGGAGGCUACAUGGGGGUGGGAUUGGUGAAAAUAAAGUAUCAUGCCUUGAAUAAACAGUAAUGCUUUUCACUAGUGUAAAGCCACCACUGGAUACCUUUGCCUUUCUAACUUUAUUACUAGAUUUUGAAAAUUUGAGAUAGCAGGCUAUUUGCCAUAGUCUUGGAGUCUGGCUUCCAGCUUUCUUUUUUUUUAAAGCAAGAGAUGAAUUGGGGAAAGGUUACUGUGUUAAUAAUUCAAUUAUUAGGUUUAGUUACUAAUGAUGCUGUUUUGUGGAGUUUAUUGUAGUAUUGCAUUGGAAUUUUAUCUGACUUAUGUUUAUUUUCGCAUUAAAUAUGCUGCUUUAAAUGUGUCUUUUAUAUGAGAUCUUCAUCUGUAGUGUUUAGUUUUGAUAUUUUGUAAUUUUUAUUACAUGCUGUAACUUACAUUGUAUGCAUGCUUUGAGGGUUUCUUUUAAAAAAAUAUAAAGCAGUAUAGAAAUGAUAUGAAUCAAUUGAUGAAAAAAUUAAAAGGCCACCUGAAUUAAGCAAUGCUACAUCUUGCAUGAAUAGCUUCCAGCACUGCAUUAGCAUUGCAUUGCGUUUCCCAAAUUCCUCUCCAUUCUUCUAACAGUUUUGACAUAACCACCUAAAUGAACAUCAUUUGGGCAGAGAACUUCCUUUAAAAGAUUCUACAAGAAGAAAAAGGUUGAAGGAGUUCAUUGGAAACAAAGUCUGCAGCAAAUUCCAAAGCACCAUAUGUAAUAUUAGUCUGGGAACAUAUAGGAGAAUUCAGGCAGCCUUCUCCCUCCAUGCGCAAGGGUGAGGAAAAGGGCACAUUCCUUGAUUUGGCCCCCUUCCUUGUGUCACUGUUGCCAUUCCACAGCCAGUCAUUUCUGCACUGAACAUUUAAAGCGCAAGGCUUUCCCUCAAAAGUUCUGAGAAUAGCAGCUUACCCUUCAGCCAACUACAACUCUCAGCACCCUUAAUAAACUAGUUCCGAGGAUUCUUUGGGGAGCAGUCAUGCACUUUAAAUGUAUGGUGUGGAUGUGAUACAUGUGUUGGAGAAUAGUAGGGAGUUCAUGUAGGCUCCCUCUGUGCCUUGGAACAAUGGGAGUUCAGGGUUCCAAAUCUAAUCCAAAUCUACCAGGGUUCCAAACCUACAUAUUUAGGAGAGGCUUUCCAUUUAUCCCUCCAACUUAUGGCCACAGUGAUAUGAGGGAGGGGAUGCCCUCUUCCCCUUCAAUCACACAAAGGAGAUGCUUAGGGCUAACAGGAACAAUCCAGGAUGUGGAACAAAAAAUCUUUUUCAGUGCUAGAAGUUAGAUAGGGUCACUGUAUAUAGUAGGGCUUGCAUCUAAUUAUCUGAACUAAUUAGUGAGAUGAUGCUUUGUUGAUUAAAUAUGCUUAUGAUAAACAUUAGUUAUGAGGGAAAAGAUUUUUUUUUGUUUGUAAAUGAUACCUGCAUGCGUUGGACCAGGGACAAUAUUCAAAGAAACAUUUUCCUGCUUUAUGAGAGAAAGAGAGGAGCCUCCUCAAAGAUUGUGCCUAUUACCCAGUUUUUAUGCAUGCAUAUAUUAAAAGUGGUAGUUCUGAUAUGCUGCAGACUUCAUUGCUGAAGUAAGGAGCAAACCCACACUGAUAAUCUUGCUUAAACCAAGACUGACAAUAUCAUCCAUCCUUAGCCUUAUCCAUGUGAUAUCUGAACGAGGCCUAGGGAUGACAUAGCUUUCCUAAAUGGAAAGUAGUACAGUACUUACCUAACAGUGCAAAGUGUGCUCCAAAUGCAUUUAAAAUUGGAACCAUGUUUUCCUUUUGUUAUUGCACUUAAGGCUGAUGGAUUUAAACAGUUCCCACUAAAUAUUAGAAGUGGAUUCAGUAAACUGAACUUUUUGAUAGCUGUAGCAAACCUGUAAACAUGUUCUUAGUUUUUAUCUGGUGCUUUUAAAAUACAAUAUAUGAACAAAAUAUAAAAAACAAUAUAUGAACAAAAUGUUUUCAUAAGGUAAAUCAGGUCAUCAACCUGUUAAUUCCUUUGCUUUUCUGGGGAAUGUGUUUGAAUGUGCCUUACACUUUCCCAGCAUCCUGUUUUCACAGUUGCCAAUUUUCAAUAUUAUACUUUCAGUAUUACACUGUUUUUAUUAAAAUUGAUAGAAAUAGAUAUGGACAAAAAUUGAUUAUUUUUCAGUACAGUGGGGAACUGUUCAAGAGUGGGAACUUCCUAUAUAUCAUCAGAGAUCAUAAACAGAAUGAAUGUCAUCAUAAAUUAUUCCUAAGUAUGCAAAGCUGAUCCAAUAUUUAUGAAAAGAACCAUCUUGAUUCAUCAUUGUGUCUUGAUUCCCAGAACUGUAUAAAGUCCAUUUAUAAAAGUCCAGUAUGUUGAUGACUCCAUAAUAUAUGAACCAGGAGAGGCUGUGCAGGCCCUGGACCAGUGCCUGGAUGCAGUGGUGGGCUGGAUGAUGGGAAAUAAAUUGAGCUUGCAUCCCAACAAGACAGAGGUUCUGUGGGUUAGUGGUUCCUGCGUCUGAGAAACUGGCCAGUAGCCUGCCCUGAAGGAAGAGGUAUGCAGUCUAGUAGGUGCUCCUGUAUCCACUGGAGGCCCAGGUGGUCUUGGUGGCGAGAAGUGCCUUUUUACCAGGCUGGGCUGGUAUGACAGUGGCAGCCAUUCCUUGAUCAGCAUAGCUUGAGUACAUGAGUUCUGGUAUUGGUAACUUGAAAACUGGAUUACUGCAUGCACACUUUCUGCUGAUUAAUAUUACACAGGCACCCUUGCAACAUUAUUUUAGUAUUUCAGCAGGCCUAUGCAGACACAUAAUUUAGUUAUAUAUACUUGUUUACAAUUUUAUCUGUGUAUUGUUGUCUUUUGUACUAUUGUAUGUGCACUGCUCAGUUUUUUAUUAUUAUUAAGCAAUUUAUAAUUUUAUAUAUAUACACACACAAAGAUAUUUUACAGUGUCUGACAUGACACUCACUUCUAUUCUUUUUUUUUCAAUCACACCUACAAAAAAAUGUAAAAAUGUUUAAGUUUUAGUUCUGAAACAGUUAUCAGAUGAAUAAGAUUAAACAAAUUAAUCCAGACUUGUUAGUAGUGAUGGUAUUUAUGGCUCUCUGGAAUCCUAAGGAAGUGAAUUUGCAAAUGAUUAAAAGAUGUUCUCUCCAAUGGUUGAGAAGCUGCACAGCUAGUCAUGGCCUCAGAUUCAGCUUUGCUUCUGACUACUCAGUUGGCAGCAAGGUUCCUUUUACAAGCUGUUUAUUUAUUUUCUUACAUAUAUAUUUUAUCUUCCUUCCUUCAUGAAACCCAAGGCAGCAUACCCAGUCUUCACCCGGAUGCAAGGUGGUAGCGAACCAUGUUCCUUCAGACCACACCCUGGGGCCAUUAGAACUGAUUAAAUAAAUAAAUAUUGUUUUUUCUUAUGACAGGAGCACUCAUUUUUUAUUCACUAUUCUCAAUAGUUAACUAGUACAAUGCACUUUACAUGGGUAUAUGACUAAAGUGCCAUUCGUCGUAGCGUUCUAGAUCAUGGCUGUUGCAUCUUACAAAGUCGACUACUCUACAUUAUAGCUAACUCACUGAAUGAUUUUCAGCUGCCUGCUGAUUACUUAUGGUAAUUUUAUGGAAGGAAGUGUGUACUUGGAGGAUGUUUAGUGUGACCACUUUUAGUUAUUAUUGUUGGUACAUUUUAAAUUUUACUUGCUUACUAUGUAAAGCUACUUGAGAACUUUGGGUAUGAAACAAUGCAUAAAUAAAGUAGUGGUGGUGCUAAGAGAUAUAUUUCUUUCCUAUGUACUUAGUAGUGUACUUUGUAGUGUAUUUGAAUAACAUUCCAAUUUAGUAUACUCCUUUUUCUUUGCUACUUGAGUCUAUAGCCCACAACUCAUGUGGGUGAUAGCUGGGCAACACAGAUGGAGAAGUACUUUAGCUACAGUAGAUGUAUCACUUAAUUGAGUCCAAUAAUAUUUGCUAGCAAGCUGUUACAUUCUUGUGUAAUUUAUUCAUCACAGCAGGAGGAAAUUUACUCGAAUUCUGCCCACUGCCCUCUUAACUUUAAGACACAUUUGUAGGCGUCAAUCCAGCAGUUAUACAAACUUAAAAGCUCACUGAGCACAAUGAAUUUACAUGUUCAUCAUUGUGCACUAGAUUAUAUUACUAGAAUCCUGCUAAAUUUUAUAAGCUUAUAGAACUAUAGGUAUUUACUAACAGUUUCUUUCCCUUGGAACAGAUUAUUUUCUUCUGGACUUUAAAUGCUGUUACAUUGCUUGUGCUUGUUUUUAGCAGGUAACUGAUCAAUUUUUAUUGUUUAAAAUGUAUCCAUUCAUGUUUUAAUAUAAUGUUUGAAUUUAUUUAUUUUUUUAUUUAACAAAAUGUUAAAACCCCGUGACAGGGUGAGCUCCCAUUGCUCGGUCCCAGCUCCUGCCAACCUAGCAGUCUGAAAGCACAUCAAAAUGCAAGUAGAUAAAUAGGUACCACUCCGGCGGGAAGGUAAACGGUGUUUCCAUGCGCUGCUCUGGUUCGCCAGGAGCAGCUUAGUCAUGCUGGCCAUAUGACCUGGAAGCUGUCUGCGGACAAACGCCGGCUCUGUUGGCCAAUAAAGCGAGAUGAGCGCCGCAACCCCAGAGUCGGUCACGACUGGACCUAAUGGUCAGGGGUCCCUUUACCUUAUAUACCACUUAAUUGUUAAAAAAAACCCUGCUAAGUUUACAAAAAUACAAAACAUAAAUGAGUAUUUAAAAAUAUUGAAUCACUAUUAAAUAAAUUGUUGAUUAAAAUCAACAAAAGCUAAAAAAAUAAAACACAUGCAUCUUCUGCAUGUCUGGAUAGGUUUGCCUUAAAAAGAUGUUUCAAGUAGGCGCUGAAGAGUACAGCAGAGGCAGCUACCUGAUCAACAGGCAGGAAGUUCUAAAGUGUAGGUGCUGCUACACUAAAAGAUUGAUUUAUUACACGUGCAGAACAGUGCCAGUUCCACAGAUCGAACAUAGGGUAACACAAUACCACAAGUAAACACCUUGAACUUGGCCUGGUAGCAACUGUGCAACCAGUGCAAAUCUCUGAACAGAGUGUCAUUCUGCACUAACUGUAGCUUUCUGAUCAAGUACAAGGGAAGCCUAAACAGUGGCAGUAGUAAGAUCAGGAGGUACCCGGUGCGGAAAAUUUCUUGUCACCCAGCCACACAUUGAAAUUUAAGUUUUUGAGCUUUUUUGCAGAGAUUGUGUGCCUUGCGAUGAGGAGUCUGCCUGUCACCCUACAGCUGAGGGAGAGCUGGCGAGCGCCAAAGCCUCAGCAUCUCUCGCAGACGUUGAGUGCCGCACAACACACCUGGGGCAGACCACACCCACAUUACUCCGCCCUUGAGCCUCAAAUACAGUGCAUUGCAGUAAUCUGAUAUUGUAGUCAGUAGUGUCUGAACUACUGUGGCCAAACUCUCCCAGUUCUCAAAUGGCCAUAGCUGUCACACCAGUUGCAGAGGGUAAAAGGUGCUUCCAGCUGCUGAGGUUACCUGGGCCAACAAUGCAAGAGUUGGAUCCAGAAGAGCCCCCAGACUAUGUACCUGUAUCUUUCAGUGAAGUACAACCCCAUCCAUGACAGGCAGUUGACUGUUUUCUUGGACAUGGAAGCCACACACGCACUGCAGAUUUUUUGAACUCCACAUGAGCUGUCCACAGGAGUUUGUUGAUUGGGUGGUCAACAAAUAUUCCACAGAAAUAAGUAAUAGUUUUAGAUUUAAUUAUUUUCUCUCAAAAGGUUGAUCUCUAAUACUUUUUGAAUUGUCAGUGUACAUAUUUAAAUAUCAUAGAAGUUUUAGCUCAGCAUGCUACUGAUCCCUUCCAACUCUACAAUUCUAUGAUUACACCCCAUAUAAUAAUAAAAUAUUAUAAUUCUAGGAUUCUAAAACACAAAAUUAUGUCUUAAAAAGGUUUACUUCUUGUCAGGCAUAUACAGAGGCAAGUAACAAGGCAAAUACUCUUGGUAAAUGGAAACAGAUAACAAAACAUUAUAAAUUAUAAAUUGUGCCGAGCAGAUCUCAAUGAACCGGAUGCUCCUGCAAGUGAAAAGAGGUGGGGUGAUUUUUGCUGAUUUCUCCUUCUCCAUGAAGUCCCUUGUGCCCCUGCUCUCAAUUUGCUCUAAGGGGUUGGGCAAUCCUCCAAAACAGCAUGGGAAGUAGUGCUGGGGGAAUUAAGGGAACAGGAGGAAUCAAUGAAAAUUGCCUCUCCACCUUCUAUUCCCAUAGGUUCCAAACCUAUGGCACCACAAAUACACACACACACAUAUUAUAAAGGCAAUUUUAAUACACAUAGUUCCCAUUUUACCCAAUGGCUGUCAUCUGUGAUUCUUUGCAAUGUUCUAUUAGUUUUGGUCUGACUUUUGUUGGUUCAGGCUCAUUUGCAUAUGAGCAAUACAUGCUGUCCUAAAACAGUAGCAGUACAUAAAAAGUCUGACAUGAAUAUGCACAUAACACAGGGCUAAAAGAAUAGGGAGAAUGCUGGGUGGAACAAGGAAUUUCCAAAUAACUUAUUCCUAGACAACAUCUACUGGUGCUGUGAGUUAUAGUAGCUUAGCGCUCUUUGGAAGACAGGGUAAGUGGGCCUCUUGGGGCCUAUCAUUCUCGCUCCCUCUGCAUAGUUGGAGGGUAUUCAUAUAGCUCAAAUCAAGCAUGCUGUUCCUUGCUCUCAAAGUUUAUGUUUGUCUCUUUCCUUGCCAUAAAGCGGGGACGGGGGGGGGGGGGGAGCCCGUUCACAGUAAGAGGCUUGGAAUGGAGGCAUUGCUGCAAUUUCCAUAGACAAUAUGACAAGCAAAUAGAAGAAUCCAAACUUUAGUUCAUGGGUAGUCAGUGUGAGUCAUUCCAGGCCUGACUGUGCCUCACCCUCAUCCCUCACCCCCUUCCCCAAAUCCAAGAUACGUUGGGGUUGGUUGUGAAUACUUAGAGGCGAACAAAAGACAUUCUACUCAUGCUCAAAUCAUCUGUUCUUCCUUCCCAUAUCAUCAUGCUGAGUCCUGACACUGAAAUAAUGUGCUGAGGCUAAGCUAUAGUGAGCCCCAGCUAAAAUUAAGCUCUGGCACCAACCAAUACUUAUUUUCACCCACAUCUCCAUGGUUGGUUGGUUAUGCCAAGACUGACAGGCUCCCACUUAUUCCAUUUUGAGCAGCAUUUGAAGUUGUUUUUUUAAUACCAGAAGGCAUUUUAUGACUAAGGGUGCAAGCCUAUGCAUGUCUGCUUACAAGUAAGUCCAACUGAUUUGAAUGGGGCGUCCCCCCGGGUGAGUAUGUAUAGCAAGUGGCUAAUGUUUUUUGACUUGAGAGCCACAUUCACCCUUGGCUAGUGCUCUGGGGGUGGUUACUCAUAUGCAAGCACAUACAGUGGCACACAACCCCUUCUCGUUUCAUCUGUGGAGAUCAACUGAGGAGAGUUGCUAUUCAGUGUUGUUGUUUUUAAGCAGUUUUUCCAACUCUACAGUAAAAAUAAAUAAGUAAAUAAAAGGAGAACAAACACAAAGUGUGCUUUACACCUUGCUUGUACCCUGUAUCAGUGACUGUUUCUCUCAUACUCAACCCAUUUAUGAAUCCAUCUUAGUACAGUAACUAACUAGUGCAAAUACAGGAGUACUUUGUGUUUACAAGGUCACGGCAAAGCAUUACCUGCCCAAAGAUGGUGAAGAAGAAGCCAUUGGAGCCAAAAAAAGGGGGGGGUUACUGUGGUUUGGACAUUUUAAGUAUUCUACCCUUAUAUAAUUUGUGUACAUGCUCACCCUGACAUUGCCUGUCAUUUAACUGCUUAAUGAACACAUAACUCCUAAAAUGUUUCAUUUCAAACUGUGUAUUAUCAGUUUUAUGCGCAAAUAUUUUACUCCUCUGUAUUUUGUGUCUAACAGCACAGGAAAAAAAUCCCCCCUACCCAUCAAACUAUCAGUCUAAUUACUGAGGAGGAAGCAGUUUCUGUCCCUAUGUUUUAUACAGUGGUGCCUCGCAAGACGAAAUUAAUCCGUUCCGCAAGAGUCUUCGUCUAGCGGUUUUUUCGUCUUGCGAAGCAAGCCCAUUGACGGAUUAGCGCUAUUAGCGCUAUCAGCUGUUUAGCGGCUAUUAAAGGCUUAAAGGCUUAGGGGAUUAGCUGCUAAAAGGCUAUUAAAAGGCUAUUAAAGGCUUAGCAGAUUAGAUAAAGGGGAAAGCGAAAAAAAUCUCAAGACUCGCAAGGUAUUUUCGUCUUGCGAAGCAAGCCCAUAGGGGAAUUCGUCCUGCGAAGCAACUUCAAAACGGAAAACCCUUUCGUCUAGCGGUUUUUCCGUCUUGCGAGGCAUUCGUCUUGCGGGGCACCACUGUACUAGGUGGAAUCGUUUAAACCUCUCCGCUCACACCAACUCCAAGUCUACAUUACAUUUUCUUUUUCGCCGCCACCACCAGCAAAUUUGAGAGGGGUCUGGGGGGAGGCAGAAAGACUUGCUUGUCACGUCAGACCCCUGGGCUAGGGAUUCGUCACCUGUGACGCACAGGAUUGCCUCCUGAGUCUGCUGUUUUUAUUGCGCGUGUGGUGGUGUUUUUCAUUUGCAGUGUCAUUUUUACAUUGUAUGUUAUUGUUGUUAAUUUGUUUGUUUUUUUAAAGUAAGCCCCUUUUAAAACUUCAUCUGAAAAAAGCAUGCCAUGUAACACAAUAAACAAGUAAGUUUCCUGGAUGAAAAUGGCGCCAAAGAUACAGCAAAAGGAAUGCCUUCUAAGAAUCUGAGGGAAGGGAGGAGCAGAGACAGAGCUAUAUGCCCUAAUCUGUCUCGUAAAGAAUUUCCCCCCCAUUUCCUCAACCCACAUUUCUCAUGUUGAAAGGACCUAUCUAUUUAUACUUAGAAGCACCUCUUACAUGUUCCUCUUUCCUAGACUCCACCUCAGAAACAUCACUGAAGUGAAGAAUAACCAGGUCAAUUUGGCUCUCGUCUGGUGACUCUGGACUAAGACUGGUGUUAUCAGUUUUACUAGCCCUGUCUCUGGUGUCUGAAGGAAAAGAAGAGCAGCCUUGCGCCUCAGAAGGCAGAUUUUCCAUUAUUCUUUGUGACCUGGGACAAAAUGGCUCCUGGUUAUCAGGCGUGAGACAGGAAAGACAUUUGGAGUCACACGAUCUGAGGGAGAUGAGGUGGUGGUGGCAGAAGAAAUUAACUCUGGGGGAAUUUGAUGCUUCCUGAGAAAGGAAACGUGUGUUUAUUUUCUGAGGGAACGUGCAAAAGUCAAUUCUCAACACGCCUUCCUAUCCUAUCAUAUAGAUGGUCAUAAAUCCUGUUUUUCUCUCAGAUAAAUUCUUCAUAAAUAACUUCCCACUGGAAAAGGGCCUUGCUUCUAUUCCUCCAGGCAAAUCAUGUUUCUGAUAUUUCCCCAAUGAUAAGCCGCACACAGGGCCCUAAAUAUAACAGCUCAGUGCAACAUUAUUAUUUCAGAAACCAUGGCAACAAGAAACCACAGACCAUCACAACUUCAUCAUGGCUGCAGCCACAAGGAAAGAGGAAGCCAUGCCUCUAUCCCACAACAUGAUUUUUUAUCUCUUCAGGAUAGGAGGAUGGUGGUGUGUCUCAUUUUGA